AUGGCCUUAAAGACUUUGUUUUUGCACUCAUUUAUCUCUAUUUUGGCGGCCAUCAUACUCUGCUGGACAGAGGUUACUUCUGCCAGUGGUAAGUGGUGACAAAUACAUAUCGUACACUUUUAUAUUUGCAUUGUUAGAACUGUUCCUAUAUUUCAUGCUACAGUUGUAUUAGUCGCAUACUUAGCCUAGGGUUUUUAAGGCAAGAUAUUAACUCAUUUUUGUGGUUUCAGAUCCCUGUGAUUGCUCAGUUUGCGGUACAACAUGCGGCGGGAGUUUGAGCUGCGAUCCCGGCAAAUUUCUUGUGGUAAAUGGAAGCGAAUUCGGCUGUUUUCAAUGUCCUCCUGGUCAUUAGUAAGUUUUGUUUAGUCUGAUUUUCUUUCGUUAGACUUUAGAGACGGGUUUACAUGCUGACGGCGGUUUCACUACACAAAGAAACAGUAUAACGAUAUACGACUGUGUCGUGUUUUGUGUUGCUAAUAUCAGUGUUGUAAUCUCUACCGUAAAACAGUAGUCUAGUCUCAGACUCAUGUAUAAUGCACUUCACAGUACGUUUUGUCAUGCAACAUUUUGUGUCUAGCUUGAGUUGUUAGAGAUAAAUGCUGUCUUUUGGAAACUUAUUCCAUCAGACAUAUUCUCGUUUUCAAGAGGCACUGAUUAGAGUCCAGUUCAGUCUGUAAUCAUUCAUCUGCUGAACAAAAUAGGAUGACUGCAAAGUGGGAAUCUCAUUUGAUAACAAAGAGUUUGAUUCAAGACAGAAUUUGAGGACACAAAGUCCUUGUAACAAUCAAUAAUACAAUAAUACCUGUAGUUGACUUUUUGGUGAAGAAGUUAAACCUAAUUGUCAAACUAACAGUGUGUCCUGUCCAGUUACAUAGACGUAAUGCAUGAGUUGUCCCUCAUCAUUGUACAUUUACAAAGUUUAGCAGAUAUCUCGAGCUCUUUAUGGUUUUUAAGGGGCCAGAUAAUCAUAGAAUUGGGAAAAUGAGAUUAUCCAUGUAGCAAACGGUAUGAGAUGCUUCAAAUAAUUAGUGUAAUAAUUUACUUUAAAUUCUAGUUGCCCAGGAGGUCAGAACAGUUCUAAACCAUGUUCUGAAGGUUACUACAAUGACCUACCAGGACAAUCAGACAUAGCUGCAUGCAAGGUAACUUUGUGGAUUGAUAUAGUUUUAGGUUGUGUUUCAAGUGUGCCAAGUCAGUGCCAAUUAAUAUUCAAUCUGGGUUGUACUUGGGUAUACUGUAAGCUAUAUUGAAUAAAGGGGUAAGUUUCUAAAGAAACUGUGGUGCUGUAAGCUAUAUUGGUUAGGUGCUCUUCUUGUGCAUUCCAAUAGAGAAAUGUUAUCUACUGACAAAUUUGAAAAGUUAACCCCUUUACUCCCAUGAGUGAUUAAGAAAGAAUUCUCAUUACGAUAUCAAUACUAGAUUAAGCAAACAAUUGAUGAGAAUUAAGAAAAGUAUCAGUUAGGGGAUUAUUGGUUGAUCUAAUAACAAAUUCUUCAUAGUAACAUCAGAAGAAUUGUAUAGCAGAUGGUAGGGAGAAUUAAGAGAUCUUCGGAGUGAAAGAGUCAAUAGUCCCUCUAUUUUUCAGCAACAAGUGGACUAUUCUGCAACUGAGAUGAUAUUUUGUAUAAUUUAUUUAAUUAGGAAUGUCCUGCUGGAUCUUUCUGUGCUGAUGGUAGCCAACUACCAAAGCCUUGUGAAUCAGGUUACUAUAGCAAUGGUACAGGACAAACAAAAUGUGUCAUCUGCCUAGAAGGAUUCCAAUGUGAGAACCUUGCAUCUAAACCAACACCUUGUUCAGAGGGUUAUUAUAGUGCGAAGGGUAAUGCAACAUGUUCGAUAUGUCCAGAAGGUUAUGAAUGUUCCAAUGGUACAUCACCCAGGGUGUGUCCUAAGGGACAGUAUGCACCUCUUGGUUCCACAGCAUGCAAGGCAUGUCCUGCAGGUCAUAAAUGUCCUCAUCGAGGAAUGUCAGCUCCUGAGACUUGUCCAGAUGGGCAAUACACAAACCAAACACUACAAGACACAUGUCAUACAUGUGAAGCUGGUCGUGAGUGUCCAAAUGGUGAUCGAUCUGUACCAUGUCCGGCUGGUUACUUUAGUAAGUAUGGACAGUCAAAUUGCUUGGCGUGUGAGUCAGGAAACUACAGUCAAAGUGGAUCAUCUGUAUGUCUGCCAUGUCCAGCUGGAAAACAGUGUCUGGAUCCAGCUGUUGAACCUGUGAACUGCACUCUUGGUACUUUUUCUGGUCAGGGAGAAGGUGUUUGUAAGCAGUGUCCACAAGGUUAGUGUUGCUUGUUAACAUACUGAGCUAGACAGAUAAAAAAAAAAAAUCCACUUGAUUAUACAUUAUGGUGGAAAGUGUAAUAAGGAAUUGGUAACAGAAGUGCCAGAAAAGUUCAGCCAAUCCUUUGAACUUUCAAGUUUCAUAAUUCUCGGCCAAAAUGUUCUCUUAAAGUCUCCCUUUUUCAGUGGGAAAAAAACAAUAGAAACAGCAACAAAAAACACUCAACCUUUAACUUCAACAGUAAAUUCAACUGCUCUAUUUUUGCUUGUGUCAACUUUUGAUAGAUUACAAACUUUUAAAUGCAUUAAUGGAGAUGCAAGAGCUGAGAAACCCUAAGCAAUUAUAAUAUAAGUUUUAACAGUCGUGUUGAUAUUAUUAUUCUUAAUAUUAUGAUUAUUUUUAUGAAUAAUAACUUCAGGUUACCAAAGCACACCAAGCAGGACCUCUUGUGUUCCCUGUGCAGCAGGGUUCUAUUGCCCUGAUCCAAGGUUGGUUAUCCUGUGCCUGUUUGUAGAUUUCUGAAUUGUCGAGUUGUAUAAUAAUUGUAAAGGGAAUUCUUCUUUAAAUCCAUGCAAAAAGCUGUUUUUCUUUCAUUUAUGAUGUAGGAGUUAUCAUUUGAAAUAUUUGGCCCAUGUGCUAGAAUUUCAGGCUCUGAGCCAGUGAGUGGGAUUAGUUAAUAGACACACACAUUAGUUUUCAAAGAAAGAGAGUGACUCUAUUCAAUCUGCCAAGGAGCCAGUUGAUGGUCUGGUAAAUAAGCAUGUAACUAAAUCAGUGAGCUAGUUGUUCAGGCCUUAAAGCCAGUACUUGGUAAUAAAAUAUAGAAUAUUCAUUUGUCAUCUAUAACUUACAGUGACCUUAAUUUUUGUCACUAUUAUGCAAUGUGUUAGUUAAGUCAACCAUUGAGAUAAAAAAACCACUUUAAAUGCUUUUAUAUCUUAAAUGUUGACAAUAUUAAAUGAAAAUCUGAAAAGACAAUUUAUUCUUAAUAAUUAGUAACCCACCAGUUCCAUGCCCUGUUGGAAUGUAUUCCUCGGGAGGAAGAUUUGAAAACUGCACAGCGUGCCCAGCUGGGAGUGCAUGCCCUGAUCCUGCUGGUAUUCCUGUGGCCUGUACUGGUGGUAAGAUGCAAAGUCAACAUCAAGCACAAUGAUCAUAUUACACUUAAUAUGUGCAGCUAGCUGUUUUGUAUGGUGUAUAUUUGAUUGUUUUUGAUGAUGUAUAAAAAGUUAAUAAGAAGAAAGUUAAGGGAAAGUUGACAAGAAGUCUUCUCUGAAUACACAAAUAUUAUCUGUACAUUUCCUAUGGUAUUGACAAGGAGAAAUUGUUUAACAAUCAAGUGCUUCUUCAGUGGUUGGUCAUAUACUGUAUUCUUAUAACCAAAAUGUUUGGUUCAGUGUUGAGGGUGUAUAGAGAAAUUAGAUGCUGGUCUUUCCAAGAGUUUAAAGGUUUAAUUGUAACUAUUAUCAAUCAUAAGAUGUUGAUAUCAGAAAUAAUUGCAUGAUAUUGUGCUAUUGACUUCUUAAUUGGGUACAGGUUUAUAUAAAAAGGUUAAAUCAUAAUAAUUUCCAAUCAUCAUUUCAGCGACAUAUGCUGAGGCACUGUCCACAGCAUGCAAGACAUGUCCAGCAGGUUACAGCUGCCCAGAGAACAAGAGAACAGAAUUAUGUCCAUUUGAUGACGUACUGGGUUACUUCUACAGCACUGACUCAAGUAAGCUGUCAAUUUUUUUGUCUCUGUGUUUGUAAAUAACUGUAAAAAAAGGGGGAUUUUCCAUUUACAGGUAGGAGAUCUUCAGUUUUGAAAAAGUCUACGAUUAAUAGCUUUUUGUCAUAAUAUGGAAUUAUCCUGACCUUUGAAGUAUUUCAAAACAAAGUGACCAUUGGUUAUCAAAAACUACUACUUCAAUUUUGAAAAUGAAAAGGCUUGAUUGAUGUUCUCUACUGGUCAUUCUAAAUAAGUUUAAGUUAUGCUUAAUUGUGUUCUUUUUCUAGUGGUAUCAUGUGCACAGUGUCCUAAUGCAAGCACAGGGCAAAUAUGUGAGUCAAGAUACAAGUUACCAGUCAGUUGUAAUCCAGGAGAAAUCCCCAGCAACAAUGGAACAGUAUGUAUCAGAUGUCGUCCAGGUUACUUUUGCCGAACACCACAAGAGGGAGAAGUGGCUUGUGCUCUAGGACAGUGGUCACUGGGUGGGGCUACAGAGUGUCAGGAUUGUGUACAAGGCUAUGAAUGCCCCAACAGUGGCUCAUUGCCACAGGCUUGUCCCCUUGGCCACUACACAGAUCAGAAAAACUCUCUGAGUUGUAAGCAGUGUAAAGCUGGAUUUAAAUGUCCCACAACCAGUGGUACUCCUGUGGCAUGUGCAGCAGGUAUGAAUAUGGAGAACUGCCACAAGUUUUGUGGUUGUAGCUUGUAGAUUACCAUCAUGACAGGACAUAACAGUACAUACAUUGAACUAAUGUCCUUAAAACUUUACUCACUAGGUAUCUGUUUGUAAGAUAAUUUCGUAACAAAACUGACCCCUCUCAUUGCAAGUUCCUAACCCUAACAAAAUUGUUAAUGUUGUAGCACAAAAGUUCCUUUUAUUGACAAGUUUCACCUGAUUUAUCUUCAGGUACAUUUAGUGAUGUAGCAGCAACAGACUGUACAGCUUGUCCUCCUGGUUUCGCAUGCCCAAACACGUCAGACUCCACAGCCAAACAUGCAUGUACAUCAGGGACAUAUUCUAUUGGUAGCAGCACUCUCUGUAAAUCAUGCAGAGCAGGAUUCUUUUGUCCUCAAACAGAGUAAGCUACUACUUAAUCCCCAUGUUUUAUUUUCCAUGUACUAUAGUGUGAUUUGUUGUGUGGUUUAUGAAUAAAAUGAUGGAAGUUUUUUUUAUGAUGCAUAGGGUGAGGGUUAGGGUUUAGGGUAUCUAAAUAAUUCUCUAGUAAGUUGAUAUGUGAGCUUGAAAAUCUCAAGUGAUCAGAAACUAACCAUGCACAUGAUUUCCUGCUGCCAAAAACUCUCUCUGGAGGUCAAAUUAAAUUCUUUUUUUUUUUUUUCAAUGAAGUUUUGUUAUUCUUUAGUUUUUAAUUGCUCAGUUGAGAUACCCUAUCUUGUACUUCCCUUCAAUCAUGAUUUCUCUGUUAAGUGUUUCACAGUUUGUGUCAAUUUUGAAUCUGAUACAUUGAUUCAUUCUAACAGUGGUCCCAAUUUCAUUUUCUUAAAUUCUAGCAAAGACAUAGAACUCGCAUGUGAACCUGGUUAUUACUCACAAGCAGGAAGUGCUCAUUGUACAGCAUGUCCACCUGGUUAUAAAUGUCCCAAUAAAGACGGCAGCGGAAAUCAACCCUGCCUGGAUGGAGAAUAUUCCAUAGGAGGGCAGACAUCUUGCACAGCAUGCCCAAAAGGUUAUGCUUGUCCAAAUACAACCACAGAUUACAUGAUCAAAUGUGAACCUGGGUUUUAUGCAACCAGAAAGAAGACUGUAUGCACACCUUGCAAGGCAGGCUUGUAAGUAUUUCAGUCUGCAAACAAAACAUUUCGGUUUUUUGAAAAAUAAGAGGGAAUGGUGAUGAAAAACUGUAAAACAUUUCUUUGUUAAUAAAUGGUGCACUGUGUUGACACACAUUAGUGGGUUAAAAGAGUAUUAGACUUCAUUUGAUAACUAGUUAUUGAUAUUUUCCAGCUAUUGUCCAUAUACGGAUAAAAAACAAGAGAUUCCAUGUGAUCCUGGUUAUUAUUCAACUGGGAAUGCAUCUUCAUGUGAAAUGUGCCCUCCUGGCUAUGCAUGCCCGAUACAAGAUCAAGGUGUGAGGUAUUAUUUAAAAUUAUAUUCUUGAACUUCUUUGUUAAUUUUGUGUGUGGCUUCAUUAUUCUCUCUGUCUUGUUGGUCUUGUGUCUGUUUUUUUUCAGAGAAUCCUGUCCAUUAAUCAUGGUGGUAUUGACAAUGUUUGCUUUGACAGAACAAUUAGAAAAUCAGUAGUCUCAUGCUUCUGACUCUUUGUUUACUACAGGAACCUAUGUCCAAAUGGAACAUAUUCUUUAGGGGCUCAGAUCACAUGUACACCCUGUCUCCCAGGAAGUAAGUGCCCGUCAAUCUCAGAAGGUCCCACUAUUUGCCCACCUGGUUACUUCAGUGAAAGAAAUGCAGCGGAGUGCAAGUUGUGUGAGGCUGGCAAACAAUGUGCUGAUCCAAGUGGUAAGUGCAUUUUAAAAAAAUCCCAAGAUGAAAAUAUCAAGCUACAGGUUGAAUUAGAAGAUUUAUACACUUCCUGUAUCUUUUAGCUCCUGAGCCUUGUCCUCCUGGGUAUUACUCAAGUCUUGGCUGGAUAAUUUGCCUUCCAUGCAAAAGAGGUUUCCAGUGCAAAGAAGGUUCAACUACAGACAGUCCACCUGAAGGUCAGUUAAACACUUGCUUCAUGUUUCUUCAUUUGUGUGGCAAGUUUAUAGGGACUUAAAGAAAGUACAACUUGAAUUUAAAACCAAAGGUUCUAUGCUUAGAAAACUCAGAAAAUGAAAAUGAUGACAGGAUCAAUAGUAAGGUAUGUGAUUUACAAAUGCACCUAUGAUUGGAAGGUCCAGAUCAAGUGGAUGUAAUUAAAACUGUAGAUCAGUUAUGACAAGUUAGUCCUUUGCUGUUGCAAAUACGUUUAAUUGAAUUCUCAGUGUGUUCCUUUACCUAUUUUUCUCUCAAUGUUCUUGCCAUUCAAAUUUUUUUAACUGCAUGUACCUGUUGAUAGGAUUUAUGUAAUGGAACAUGUUUUAAUUUGAGAGUAAUUGCAUUUUAAUGGACAUUGUAGGUUUUUACUGUUUUCCUUUUCUUACUGAGCUCCUUUUUUCUCUCUAGAUGUGUGUCCUAAGGGUGGAUGGUGUGAUGGCCGCACUCUAUAUCCAUGUCCACCAGGGACCUAUAAUCCUUUCAAUGGGUCACAAUCACAGGAGGCAUGCAAGGCGUGUCCUAUGGGUCACUAUUGUCGGGAGAGUGGCACAGUUGAUUACCAACCAUUUCUUUGUCCAGAUGGCCAUUACUGUCCAACAGGAACAAAAUUCCCCAAUCAGUUUCCUUGCCCAGCUGGUACAUACAACCCAAUUGCCAACCAGACAUCAAGAUCAGUAGCUUGUUUGCCUUGUCCUGCUGGCAACUAUUGUGUGGCAGGAUCCAGUCAGCCCACCAUCUGUCCUCCUGGUUACUAUUGUCCAAUUGGAACUGGGGCAAGAACACAAUUUGCCUGUCAUGCUGGAUUUUACAAUGAUCAAAUUGGCCUGAAGAAUUACACAGAGUGUAAGCCUUGCCCUCCUGGUUCAUACUGUCCAGAUGGCUCACUAACUGAACCCACAGUUACCCCAAUUCCUUGUCCAGCAGGGACGUACAAUCCUGAAUGGCAGGUUGGGCACUUACUGAACUGUAUUCCAUGCACUGCUGGUUACUUCUGUCCUCAGGCAGGACAGACAAAUGCCACCUUAUACUGCUAUGAAGGUUAUUAUUGUCCAAAUGGUACAGUGGCAGGUAAUCAGUUUCCUUGUCUCCCUGGAACGUAUGGAGACAAAGCAGGUCUGACUCUGGCAGAGGAGUGCCUGACAUGUCCACAAGGAAGGUCAUGUGGCUGGGGAACUGGUCUAAACAACAAUAACACAAUGCAAGUUUGUCGUCAGGGACAUUUUUGUCCAGCAGGUGGGUGUGAAAUUUGUGUGGUGGAAGGGGUGGGUUAGGGAAGAAUGUUAUAAUUUUGCUUGAAAAACUAUUCCAAAGGUUCAGUUCAGUUUAGGAAAAUGUGAUCAAUGAGAACAUUUUCUAUGGUUUUCAGCAUUCACACCAAGUGUUGAUGCUAGAAUCUGGCUGAAAUACCUUCACAAAAAAAAUUGGACACAAUUUAUGAACAGUUCAUAACUUACUCUGAUGCACUAUUUCUGCCUUAAAACAGGCACAGGAUCACCAACUAAGUAUCCUUGUCCUCCUGGAACCUAUUCAAACAGUUCUGACUUGUUUGAUGCAUCCCAGUGUGAUAUUUGUCCUGAAAGAAAGUACUGUCCAGGUGGUGAACCAGCACCCAGAGGUAACUGUCCACCAGGUUAUUACUGUCCAGGAGGCACGCGAGUGGCAGAACAGUUUCCAUGUCCUAAUGGAACAUACAAUCCUCACUAUGCCAAAGCAAGAGUUGAUGAGUGUCUUAACUGUACACAAGGCCAUUUCUGUGAGUUGGCUACAGUUCAGCCAGUGCCAUGUUCUAUUGGUAAGUGAGGGUAACUCAUAGUGGCAACAACUGUGUACUGUGGAGCUGUCAUAUAUACUGGUUACUUUACUUAGAACUAGUAUGUGUGAGAAUCUGGAAUAGUAGCUACCUAGCAUGGCAACACUUUUGGGUUGAGUUUUUGUUGGGUCCUAUCCUUGAUUGAAGGGUUUAUUCAACCUUUUUUGUUAAGAUACAAAUUUUCAUUUGACCUUGCACAUUUAAAGAUAUCUACACUGUAUAUAGAAUUAUAGAAUUUCCUUUGUUUAGUGUGAGUCAUGAAAAACCUAAAUGGAUCUAAAAGUGAUCUUGUAAACUAUAUGUAGUUGCAGUCAUUAUUAGGCUUUUUUAUUCUGCUCUACAGAGUAUUCGUAUCCUAAAAGUGUUGUGGACAUUUCUUUUAAAGGUACAUAUAUGCCAUAUGGAUACAAUGCAACAAGUUCAGAGGUGGUAGGAACACCAGCUAAGUGGAAAGGAGACUGCCUUGCCUGUCUUGCUGGACAUUUUUGUCUGAAUGGUACUGUAGUACCAGAACCUUGUGGAAAAGGGAAAUACACAAAUCCAGGACAAUCAGUUUGUCAGACAUGUUUGGCUGGGCGCUACUGUGAUAGUGAAACUACAACUGAAACAAGCAUGAACACAACCAAGCUUUGUCCAGCUGGAAAGUAUUGUAGAGCAGGACUGACGGAUGUCGCUGAUGCCACUGAUUGCCAGAGAGCACAUUACUGUCCUGAAGGUUACUGAUGAUUACUAUUUUCUUUCCAUAUUUUACUUUGAUUAAUGGCAAUUUCUUCUUCAUAAUGGAUUCAUGAAAUUGUAAUUUGUAUAAAUUUUGUUUUUUCACUUUAAAUUUACAGGUAACCCUGUUGAAAUUCCUUGCCCUGUUGGUACAUUUAACCCGAAUACCACUGGAGGAAGUAUAUCUGCAUGUAGAAUGUGUACUGCAGGGAAGUAUUGCCUUGAAAAAUCCAUCCAUGAGACAGGUGACUGUAGUCCUGGCUUCUAUUGUCCAACCAACAUCACAGAUGGAGUCUCAAGUUUGCGUAUUGGCUCAUAUGGCCCCAUACAGGAACCUUGUCCAAAGGGUACUUUCUUUAAUGAGUCAGGAGGAAGGUUUGUGGAGGAUUGUAUUGAGUGUACUAUCGGUCAUUACUGUCCAACAGGAUCUCAGACACCCACUAUCUGUAAAACUGGUCAUUACUGUCCUCCAGGGUCAGGUGACCCUCAGCCUUGUCCUCUGGGAACAUUUAAUAAUCAUAGUGGAGCUUAUUAUCUGGAGAACUGCACAGACUGUACCCCUGGCUGGUAAGUUGCACAUUAUCAUAUGUAUAUGUAAUAUAUAUAUAUGUAUGUCAGACUGAUGGCUCAACCCUGUCCUUUAUUGCAAACCUAACAAAACCAUACACACACGUGAUACUGAGAAUAACAUACUUGUCAGGGCUUGUAGAUUCGAGUGGUUUGGUGAGAAAGGAUCACUAAAGACAAACACCUGUCAAAGGUCACAUGACCCAUAUCCAGGCCUCAGAGGUGUCUGAGAUAAACAGUCUCCACUUGUUUGGUUUUACUUAGUGGGAAAAAUAUUACUUUUUGAAUGCUUGGUAUAAAGUUCUCCCUGGUAAUUUUCUCUGUUAUAUGUCAGCUAAACCUGCAUUUUGAACCAUUCAGAUAGGAAAUGAGGAGUGCAGGAAUGGGUACAUGUUCCUCCAAAUUGAAGGUGAAAUUUUUAAUAAGUGUGUGUCAGACUUAUUAAUGUAUAUGUAUGUUUUAUUAAAAAAGGUACUGUGAUGCUCAAGGUCUCUCCAUUCCAAGAGCGCAGUGUGACCCAGGUUAUGUGUGCUAUGGUGGAGCGUAUACUGGAACUCCCAAUGAUGGAAAAACAGGAAGACCUUGUCCUCAAGGGACUUUCUGUGUUGCAGGCUCUUUUGAAUUUGAUUCUUGUCGUGUUGGAACAUACAGUAAGAGCACCGGUGGGACAAGCGACCAAGACUGUCAGUUGUGUGAUCCUGGAUACUUCUGUUCUAAGAAGCAACUAACAGCUCCAGAAGGACCAUGUGACCCUGGUUAUUAUUGUCCAGAGGGGUCCAUCUUAAGCAAUCAGACAAUUACUCCACCAGGAUUUUUCACUCCAGCAGGAUCAUCAGAGCCACAGCCAUGUUUACCAGGAACAUAUCAACCACAUGAAAAACAAAGUCAUUGUCUUCCCUGUGAGCCAGGAUUUUACUGCCCCACAAAGAGCAUGGUCAAUGGUACAGAGUGUGAACGAGGCUUCUACUGCCCGCCUGGCACAGACAGACAAUUUGCAUGUCCAGAAGGGACAUUUAACAAUUACACUCGUCAAGUGUACAACUCAAGCUGUGUAGGGUGUCCACCAGGAAAAUACUGUAAUCCAACGGCACAGAGUGUUCCUACAGGUACACUAUACAGACCACUUGUUUCUGUUUAAUGGUUCAUAGAAACUUGGAUAUUCAAGGCUAGGGCAUUGUAUAAGAGAUAACUAGAAAAGCCUGUUUCUAAGUAAAUGUCAAGGACCCUUUGUCAGUGGUUAAUAUUGCAAAAAUAUCUAAGACAAAUUUACUCCUUCUGUUAGUUAUUUGAUAUGUUAUAAUUGGAACCUUUCUAUGAUAAGGGGUUUGUAUGUACUAGAAGAUUUGCUAAAUGUAAUUCUUACAAAUAGAUCUGUCUCCACUGCAGUGUAAGUUAUUUUGUACAUAGGAAUUAAAAGUGAAAUACCAUUUAUGCAGAAAGUUGGGUCACAUUUACAACAUUGGGUCUCGGCUAGACUUUUAAGUUCACUAUCCUCUUCCUGAUAAUCCAGUGGAUAAAUUCAUCUGUCAUCAGCCUUACAUAAAUUUUCCUUUUUUUAAUUUAACAGGUCCUUGUGAUGCAGGAUACAUUUGUUUCUACAAUGGAACAAGGCCUACACCCACAUUUGAAAAAGGUGUUUUGGAAUGGGGUAGGGUGUGUUCAGCAGGUCAUUACUGUCCAAGUGGAAUCACAGAUGAGAUACCAUGCCCAGAAGGAACAUAUCGGUGAGCUUCUUGCAGCAUCUCAUUAUGUUGCUCAAUUAUUGAACAAACUGAGUAAAAAAAUCCUCAUGAGAAAGAAAGGUUUUUCUAAACUUUUGUGUUCUGUAGGUUCAUAGGCACUCCAAUGAUACAGUAGUGUGUGUGACAAAUGAAAAGUUCAUUGGUGAUAAGUUGAAAAUAUUGAAAACGACUGUGUUCAUAUAAAUACAUGCGUAUUUGUCAUUCUGGAAUUCUAUUUCAAUUUUGUUUUUCAGUAAGGUAACUCGUGGUGAAUCUGAGGAUGAUUGUGAACGUUGUGAUCUGGGACAUUACUGUAAUGGUACAGGACGUACUGAUGUAGCUGGUCUCUGUGAUCCUGGUUAUUUUUGUUUGCGUGGGGCUAAAAUACCCAAACCAAGCAAUGAUUCUACUGGUGGAAUUUGCCCAAGAGGAAGUUCUUGUUUAGCUGGACAGCAGCCAGAAAAGUGUCAACCAGGUACUGCAAUUUGCUGUCAAUGUCUAGUUAACUGAUUAAGGAAUUCCAUGGAACUGAAGAGCACCAAAAGCAUUCUAUGUUUAAAGUGUACUGUUAAUUUACCAAAGACAGGUAACAAAGGAGUAAAGAAAUGUUUUUAUUGCUUAUCUGCAGGCCUUUAUGCUCCCAUUGAAGGAAAGGUAACAUGCCAAGAAUGUGAGGCAGGUACUGAGUGCCUUAUAGGAACAAUUAACCCUUCACCUUGUCCUCAAGGCUAUUAUUGCACAGCAGGAACAACAGCCAAAGAGGCCUGCCCUAUUGGUACAUUUGGCAAUAGAACAGGGCUUAAGGAUAAGCCUGAGUGUACAUACUGUUUGGCAGGCCAGUACUGUGAGACUGAGGCAUUAAGGGAUGUUACUGGUCCAUGUAAUCCAGGGUACUUUUGCUUUAGAGGUGCUGAGGUAUCAACACCCCCAGAUGACCCAGUACUUGAUCGUUUUUGGUUUGGUGAAUGUCCUGAAGGAGGUUAUUACUGUGAGAGAGGUGUCUCUCAGCCUACACCUUGUCCGCCUGGAAGAUUCGCACCUGGUAAUGUUGGCAGAUUAGAGUCAGUGGAUGACUGCACCCUGUGUACUGCUGGCUCUUACUGUGCAGUGGGACAUCAAGAUCAUGUGAAUGGUACUUGUGAUCCUGGCUACUUUUGUCUUGAGGGAUCCCCAACUCCAAGACCUAAUACAACAUAUGGUGGGAUCUGCCCUCCAGGGUUCCACUGCCCUGCUGGCUCAGCUUUUCCACAGCCAUGUGAUCCUGGGACCUAUAACAAUGCAAGUGGUCAAGCAACUUGUCAGAUAUGUCCAGGAGGCUUCUAUUGUAGUGGCAAUACAACAAGUCCCCAAGAGUGCCCUUCUGGCUUUAUCUGUCCACAAGGAACAAGUUAUGCUUCGGACAAACCAUGUUCUGAAGGAACAUUUAACAACUUGACGGGCAUGUCUUCUGACAGUGCUUGUGUACAGUGCACAGCUGGAUAUUACUGUGACAGGCAAGGUUAGUUAGCUAUGGGAGUUGGUGAUGCAUGUGGGAUUAUAGUAGUGUAUCUGCAAUCAGGUAUUCACAGUUUUCAAAAAAGCUUGGAGUAUAUUAAUAACAUGCUGUAAUAAUACUAAAGCAACAGUAAAAUGGCUUUUGCAUGUUUCAAGGUCUUUCUAAUGUUACUGGCCCAUGUGAUGCUGGAUACUACUGCAGUGGAGGCGCAACAGCAGCAAAACCUGUCACCAAUGGAGGCAAGUGCCUAAACGGAACGUACUGUCCAGAAGGGAGUUCACAGCCUCUCCAGUGCCCAGCAAGAAAAUAUUGUGGAGGUGAAGCUCUGCCAGCACCUUCAGCUGAUUGCGCAGCUGGUUACUAUUGUGUGGGAGGCUCUAAAACAGACAGACCAACAGAUGGGGUCACUGGGGCGGAAUGUCCAGAGGGUUCAUACUGUAUUGAGGGUAGUGCCACACCAGCACCAUGUCCUAAUGGUACUUUCUCUAAUACCACUAAGAAUCAAAAGGUUGAGGACUGUGUUGACUGCACCAGUGGUUUUUACUGUGAAGGAAAUGGAAAUAAAGAACCCACUGACCAGUGUGAUCCUGGAUAUUACUGUCCUCCUGGACAGAGAGUGAAAAAUCCAAAUGGACUUGAGUGUACUCUUGGUCACUUUUGCCUGAGAGGUUCCAAAGAACCGCAACGGUGUGAGUCUGGAUUUUACCAGGACAGCAGAAAUCAGUCGUCUUGUAAGGUAUGUUACUUUCCAUAUUCAUAUGUUUUGGUUUAGGUUAACAGUAGCUCUAACUCUUAAAUGAAGAUAUAAUGAAUUUCUUGGAAGCUGUUAAUGAGUUAAACUGAAGAAAGUCUCCAUACAGGAGCAUGCUUUUGUUGAACUGAUAGAAGUGUGCCGUAAGAUUUUGUCAAAUAAAUUAAAUUAUUGCAAAUCUGGAAAGAAGAAAAAUGCUUUUGAUGUUUGAAAUUCUCCCUAGGUGCCAUUUUGUGUUGUGUGACAUCUUGCGGCUGCUACUUUUGUCAUCAAACAAGAACAGUUCUGCUAGCAAAUUUAAUUCAAAGAUUAUCGUUGAUAACUUAACAACAAUUUGAUGCAACAGCGGUGGUAUCCUUUUAUUACAUUGUGCAGUAGAGAGUGAUAGGAAAUUCAACAUAUGAUAGCAGAUGUGAUUUUUUAUCCCUGCUGAUUUACUAUUUGACUGUAGGUUUGUCCAGAAGGAUUCUUUUGUGACAACCGCUAUGCCCCCGUGGUUCUAUAUCAAAACAGCACCUGUCCUCCAGGGUAUUUUUGUCCUUAUGGCACCACGCAUGCUUAUGAGUUCCCCUGUCCCCUGGGGACGUUUAGCAACACUUCUGGUCUCUCUCGUGUUGAUGAAUGCAGUCCAUGUCCAGGUGGCUACUACUGUGAUGAACUAGGACAGACAACAUAUACAAAGCAAUGUGAUGGAGGUCAGUAAAACUGAUUUUCUUUUUGGAUAUGAAAACAAGAGAUACCCAAGAAAAUGGAACAGAGAUGCUCACAUGCUGCACCCCCACCAGCUGCUACAUUUCCCUCAUUUAAAGGUGUGAAAUAUUAACAUUAGUGUUGAUUCAUUCCUAGGGUAUUACUGCCGUAGUGGUGUAUCUGUGUCAACUCCUGAAGGUCUCCCUGUAAAUGCAACUUUGUGCCCCCCUGGUACCUUCAACUACACUGAUGCUGGCCCAUGUCCAGCUGGUUUUUACUGCCCUGUUGGUACUGCAGAACCUGAGAAGUGUCCUCCUGGAACCUUCAGCAAUGAGACUAAACUCUCGUCAGAGGAACAGUGCAAAAACUGUACUCCAGGACACUACUGUGAAAACUUCAACUUGGUAGAGCCUGAAGGACUAUGUAGAAAAGGGUACUAUUGCCCAUCAGGGGCAUCAAAGCCAGACAUGAUUGAGUGCCCUGCAGGUGCAUAUUGCAUUGAGGGUACUUUUGAGCCAGAAUUGUGUCCUAACGGAACAUUUAGAAACAUCACAAAGGGAAUGUCCAUUAAUGAUUGCUUCAACUGCACCCCAGGGUAUUACUGCCAAGGUGUUGGAUUAACAAAAGAAACUGGUGCCUGUGCAGAAAGGUAUUUUUUGCUAUUAUCUCUGGACUGUUUGAUUGACCUAGGUAAUGGGGAAAUGUGAUGUAUUGAUCACUUAUCUUUUUUAUAGAUACUACUGUCCUGGAGGGAACAAGGUGAAGGAUCCACAUCAAUUUUUCUGCCCAGUAGGCCACUUCUGUCCAGGAGGCACAUCUGAACCCAUCCCAUGCCAAAACAACAGCUUUGCCAAAUCAACACAUGCUAAGGAAUGCUCUUUGUGCCCUGCAGGAUUCUUCUGUAAAAUAGCAGGUGUUCCAAAGAACUGCACAAAAGGCUUCUACUGCCCUUAUGGAACUGGUAUUGACUUGAAGUCAUGUCCCAAAGGAACCUAUGGUGAUCAGGAGGGUUUGGAGAGAGUCUCUCAAUGUAGGGUCUGUGAUCCAGGAAAGUACUGUGGCAAUGAACAUGCUAUAAAUUACACUGGUGACUGUGCACCUGGGCACUGGUGUGCUUAUGGCCUUGACAGGCCCAACCCCAUUGGGGACAACAUUACGGCAUACAAUGCCAGUAGCAAUAACUCUUGUCCACAUUAUGAUGGCAGAGAAACGGGCUAUGGAGGUAUUUGUCCAAUUGGUCACUUCUGUCCUCAGGGAUCACAAGCACCACUCCCUUGUCCACCAGGAACUUAUGGACAUCUUCCAAAGCUUGCAAAGUGUCUGGCAUGUUUAGAAGGCUUUUACUGCCCAGGAAAUAACUCUGAAUAUGAAUCACGCCCAUGUCCAAAAGGAUACUUCUGUCCUAAUGGAACAUCGUAUUCUAACCAGUUCCCUUGUCCAGCUGGAACAUACAAUAAUAGAACCCAUGCUACUAAGAUAGAGGACUGUGUUAGUUGCAGACCUGGCAUGUAUUGUCCAGUCAAAGGUAUGUUAGUAACUAAAAAACUGCCCUGCCAUCAGAUAUAUUACUCAAAAUUGUACGUAAAUUUGAUACAUAAUUUACGAUGCAAAGUAGUACUAAUCCAGAAUUAUUUUUUAAAAGUUACUAAGGAUCAGAAGAUGUUUAGAAAGCUGAGCAAGUAUCACAGUACAAAUCAUUGUUAAUGUUAGCUAACUCUUUGUAUACAUUGUUUUAUUUUUAGGAAUGCCAGAACCUAUUCAGUACUGUGCUGCUGGCUACUUCUGUCGGCGUAAUGCUUCCAGUGCCACCCCAGAUCAAGGGAAUGAUGCCAACAUUUGUCCAGUGGGUCAUUAUUGCCCAGAAGGAACUGGUGAACCAGUAAACUGCCCUGUUGGAACAUAUGGGAAUGAUACUGGUGUGUGUUGUGAUGUAACAUGCCCAAUUACCUUGCCUAUUUUUGUUCUUUAUUUAACAGAUGAAGUUAGAAAUUACAGUGUACUAACAAAUUGCUAGAACAGUGGUUUUAAAAAGCUAUAACUUUUAUGUGUUCAAUGACAAGAAGAAGAAAAAUUUUGCAGUUUUUUUUUUUUUUCAAUUGUGGAUCUUGCAUUAAAAUUAUGUUGAAUUUUCAUUGUAGCCUACAAGCAUGUCAGUGAAUGCUGGAACUGCACAGCAGGUUUUUAUUGUUCUGAGCCCGGGCGGGAUUCUCCCGUUGGGAAAUGUGACCCUGGCCAUUACUGUCCAAUUGGCUCAUCUAGUUCAAUGGAAGUCCGUUGUGAACCAGGAACUUACUGUAUUGGACAAAAUGAAGAGGCAGAAUUGUGUCCCAUUGGAACAUUCCAACCAAGCUAUACCAGAACAAGUAUCACUGACUGUAUUAAUUGUACUGCAGGUGUGUAAACGUAUGGUAUUUUUGAAGAUUAGAGGGUCUUGACCAAAGUGCAGAUAGAUACUAAGUGUUACCUUUUUUGUGGCAGGAUUUUAUUGUUCUACACCUGGUCAGGCUAACUACUCUGCCCCUUGUAAGAAAGGCUCAUACUGUCCGGCUGGUUCAUCUGUUCCUGAUCCAGUUGAGUGUCCUAUUGGGUUUCACUGUCCCACUGGCAGUGCUCUACCCAAACCAUGUUCAGCAGGAACUUUCACUAACUCAACAGGGAGAGGCAGUUGUGAUCCUUGUCCAGAUGGUUUUUACUGCUUCCCUCUUGAGCUAGCAAGAAAUGAAUCCAUAGGGUUCCGCAUCUGUCCUAGGGGGUUCUACUGCCCAGAAGGAACUGGUCUUGAUUGGCAGUCAUGCCCUGCUGGUACCUAUAGUGAUGAUCUUGGCUUGCACAAAGAAAAACAGUGCAAAGACUGUGAUGGUGGAAAAUUCUGUGAUGGGAAGAACUUGACUUCUCCAACAGAUUUCUGUGCUCCUGGCUACUUCUGUACCAUAGGUAAGCAAAUCUGAGACAAUCAACAGUUAAGGUGUCUUUAAGGAUUCUAGUCUUGUCAAAAAUUUUAGGAAUCCGUGUUGUUGCAAUGACGAAGUUAUAAAAACGUCUAAUAAUUCAGCAUUUAAUUGGGAGGAUUUUAGCAAUAUAGUAGUUUACUUCAACAUGAACAAAUUUGAAGAUUUGAAAUUGAGGUGGUGAUACCAAUAGGAAUAAUUUAAAUGGCACUCAUUUUAUAAACAUAUUCAAAAAUGCUUUACACUGUCUACUUUAAACUAUUGAACUAAAAGCUCUCUUAAACACAAAUGUGUUAAGUUGUUUUCUAAUACUUUGCCUAGGCUUAGGAAAUACAUGUUUGUUAUUCACAGUGUCAGGUUUAUGAUGCAUUGAAAAAACAUAUUGUUCUCUUGAAGAAAUGCCUUCUGAUUUUUUAUUUCUGUCUUAAUUUUUGUUGUUUGAAUGACAGGUGUUUCUGUUGACAAGCCUUACAUUGACGGAUACAAUGUUACCAAUGGUUCUUGCCCUAACCCAACAUUCCUUGGCCAGUACACUGGCAUUGGUGACAUCUGUCCUCCAGGAACAUUCUGUGUUCAGGGUUCCACAGUACCGGAAGCAUGUGAAGCAGGGAAAUACAAUGAUGAGUUUGGUCAGGAUAAAUGUAAGCCUUGUCCUCCUGGUUUCUACUGUUUAGGAAAGACAGUCGCAUUUAUAAAUUACACUUGUCCAAGCGGUCACUACUGUCCAGUCAACACUACUCAGCCAUAUGAGUACCCCUGUCCACCAGGCACAUUUAACAACUUAACUGCACAGCAAACACAAGCAUCCUGCCUUCCUUGUCCAAAAGGUAGCUAUUGUGAGGGUGAUGGAAACUCCUGGCCAACAGGCCUCUGUAGUGCUGGGUGGUAUUGCAAUGGAAGUGCAACUUCGAACAUGACCACUACACAUGGUGGUAAAUGUCAACCAGGGUAUUACUGUCCUGAAGGUUCUGGGUAUCCAAGGGAAUGUGAUGGAGGUAAAUUCUGUGAUGUUGCCGGCCUAAGUGAACCAAAAGGAAACUGUAGCGCAGGUUAUUUCUGUAAGAUAAAGGCAAGUACUUCAACGCCAACUGACAGCACUGGAGGAAAGUGUCCUACUGGUCACUACUGCCCUGAAGGAUCCAUGGAUCCUAUUGCUUGUGAACCAGGGACUUAUUAUGGUGGCAUCGAAGCAACAAACUCAAGUGCGUGUGUGCUUUGUACUGCUGGAAAGUUCUGUAAUACAUCAGGUCUGUCUGCUCCUGAUGGAAUCUGUUCAGCUGGAUACUAUUGCCCCGCUGGACAGUCAGUUGGUACACCAGCUUUAUAUGGGUGCCCAACUGGAAGUAAAUGCACUCAAGGUUCUCCGACCCCUGAAAAUUGUGAAUCUGGCCACUAUCAAGAUGAACCUCUAAAAGACACUUGCAAAGAAUGCCCAGCUCGUUACUACUGCAAUGCUACAUUUGGUGGAGUAAAGAAUUACAAUCUUUAUUUAUGUCCAGAGGGAUACUUUUGUCCCAAUGGAACUCGAUUUGCCGAAGAAUUUCCCUGUGAGAAUGGCACUUUUAACAACUUGACAGGCCGUGCAAGUCAGAGUGAAUGUACACCUUGUCUUCCACGCUAUUAUUGUGGGGAACCAGGUUUGACUCAUCCAAAGACACUGUGUAGCUCUGGAUAUUUCUGCAAGAGAGGUAAGUUAUUCUGUCAAUAUUAUCGCGUUUUUGAAAGUUUCAAAUUCAAACGGAAAGUGAUUUACUAUGUAGUAGUUUGAAGAUAUUAUUGUGAUUAUGUUCAGUUAUACCAGGAAUGGUUCUUUAGAACUAAAUUCAGAAUUUUAUUAUGGAGCGUACAUUGCUACGCACAAACACGGAACUGAGGAAUAUUUUUCCUAGUCUUUUGUUACCUGCUCUUUCCAGUUCUUUUUCCUUACUGUUUACUCUCUUUCAUUCAGGUGCAAUGACUGCCACACCUGAGCAGGCCAGUGAUGCAAAUAUUUGUCCCCGAGGAAAGUUUUGUGUGGAAGGCACAGAUGAACCAGAACCUUGUCCUGCUGGAACAUUCAGUAAUGUUUUGGGUAAGCUACACCAACUCUAUCAGUGUGUUUUUUCUCUGUAGAUUCGUCAUUGUGUGUUUAUUCGGCGUUUUGUUUUAAUUCCUGUCCCUCCCCGAGUGUGAUGAUCACCUUCGGGUUGACUUCACUGCUUUUCGAAGCGAACUUGACUUAACAUGACGUGGCUUUGGGCCUUGAUGCCAUUCAAUUGUAAAGUGACUAACUGGUUGAUUUGCUUGUCCCUUUACGUAGAGAUGAUAGGUUUUGUGCACCAUAUUUACAGCAAGAAAGAUUAUUCUUAAAUUUCAGGAUUGCAUAAUUCCAGCCAGUGUACUCCAUGCACGGAAGGAUAUUACUGUGAAUUUAGUGGAGAUACAUCGGAAACAGGAAAAUGUGACGAGGGUUACUUCUGUGUUCGGGGUUCAAUUAGUAAGCAGCAAGAAGUCUGUCCUGCAGGAAAAUAUUGUCCACUUGGUACCCAUACACCCCAGGACUGUCCUCUGGGCACUUACUCUAACACCACCGGCCUGUGGAAAGAAGAUCAGUGUACCAAUUGCACAGCUGGCUCAUAUUGUUCUGAAAGAGGACGAACGUAUCCCACAGGGCAGUGCAGGGCAGGUUAUUACUGUCCAACUGGUUCCUCGGUGGACAAUGCUGUUCCGUGUCCUAUUGGCUUACAUUGCCCCAUAGGUAAGUUCUGGAUUUUGUAACUUGACAUUCACCAUAAAUGAUGGCGAGGUACAUAAGAGUCCAUCCCUGAAUAGACAUUAGACAGAACGAGUCGCAAAGAAAACUGUUUCGUUUUCCGCUCGUGAGCUUGGAAAUUCCAUAGUCAUUUAACGUUGUAUCACUCAGCGAGUUGGACUGUGGCCCUUUUUAGCAAAAAAGAGUUUUGGGGUUUGUCAUCUUUCAGUAAAGGACAAGGAAGGGAUUUUAGAUAUUUUGUAUACAAGGUUUUCCAAAUGGCUCAUGAACAACUAGAAAGAGUCUCUCUUAAGAUUUAAACACAGAUCCUUGACCUUUGACAUAAAAGAGACUUUCCAUGUUAAUGCUAGAACAAAACCGUUUCUGUUACAGCUAGCGCCACUCCAAAAGACUGUCUUUCUGGAACGUACACCAACGCCACAACGCAGGCAUCUUGUCAGGACUGUCCUCCGGGAUAUUACUGCUUUCCAGAAAAUGUUACAGCAGGAGAUUCAAAGUCUGGCUACCACGAGUGUCCAAGGGGGUACUACUGUCCUGUUGGGACUGGUUUAGACUGGAAGCCAUGCCCACUCGGUACAUUCAGUAACAAAACAAAGCUUAGCUUGGUGACUCAAUGUGAGGAUUGCACGGGUGGUAAGUACUGUGGUGAGCUCCAUGCUAUCGAGCCUACUGGGGACUGUUAUGGAGGAUACUACUGCGAAUCCGGUGUUGACAAACCAGAUCCUAUUAACUCGGUGAAUGGAACGUCACUACUGGGAAACUGCUCCAUCCUGGGACUACACACAGGUAAAACUGUUAGUUACUAGUAGCUUAUAAUCAAAGUUGGCCAGCGAUGAAUUUGCCAAAUGUAACGUUGGAUGUAAGCAACACCAAGGAAAUAACUCCAGGCAUUUCUGCAGGGAAUGGAAAGAAAAUAUAUUCAAUUUUGUUUUAGAAUACUUGCUUCAACAAUGGUGUUGUGAAUGUUGUGGUGAAUAUGAGCGAAUGGUUUGUUUUAUAUCUGAUUUCCUUCAUGUAGGAUAUGGUGGAGUGUGUCCAGUUGGUCAUUACUGCCGUGAAGGUUACACCCUUCCUAAGCCGUGUCCUGAUGGAAGUUACCAAGAUGAAGAAGGAAAAACAUAUUGUAAAUCAUGUCCUGCUGGCUUCUUCUGCCUUGCAAAGGCAUCCACCUUCAAUGACUCUGUCUGUCCAUCCGGAAGGUAUUGUCCAAUAAACACAAGUGUUCCAUACCUCUGUGACGAGGGCACUUUUAACAAUUUAACUGGACAGGAAGCAGAAUCAAGCUGUGUUUCUUGUACUGCUGGAAUGUAUUGUGAAGGAAAUGGUCUGAGUAAGCCUACUGCGCUCUGUUAUGGAGGGUGGUUCUGCAGAAAUGGAUCUACGAACCCUACACCUGAUGGAGGUAACGUUCUUUCAAUAAAAUGUAAUUUGCUAUCUCUUGCCUGGAAUGGACCAGCUUUCCAUCCAGAAGGAGUUGCGAAACUCCCAUCCUCCUAAUGUAACGAAUAAGCUGGGUUCCUGUGGGCCUUAUUUCUUUUAGUGAUGUAGUUUAACAUUCAGCAUAUGUGAGUUAGUUUCUUACAACAUACUCUACGUAUGCAUAAGCAGGUAAGGAUUAGUCGUUAAGGUCCUGUACUUUUCCUGUAUUAGACGCAAACGCCCUACAACCAAAAUUUAAUUUCAAUUUAGGUCGCUGUCCGACGUCAUAUUAUUGCCCCAAUGGAUCAGCUUUGCCAAUACCCUGUGAUCCAGGAAAGUACUGCCCACGUCCAGAACUUUCUGAACCAGAGUUUGACUGUGAAGCAGGUCACUACUGUACAUCCGGAGCAAAGGAAGCGAAACCUACAGAUGGAGUGACAGGAGAUAUCUGUCCAAAUGGGACGUAUUGUCCAAGAGGAAGCGGUGCAUCAAAGAAUUGCCCAAUUGGAACAUUCUUAAAUAGUACAGGAAAUAGGUAAGACUAUUUAAAUUUAUUGUUCCUCUCAAUUUUUUACGCCCUUUUUUUGACGUCGAUAAGGUAAGGCAUGUAUCUAAGUCUAGGUUUUCUAAACCACAGAAACCAAAAUGGUAUUUUGAAUUAUAAAAUUAUACCUUUUCAAAGAGUCGAGAAAGUGUCGUAAACUCGGAAUUUCACCAUCUGAUUAAAUCCUUGUGUUUCUGUCAUUACUUCCCAAAGAAAUGUGACUGACUGUCAAGACUGUACUCCAGGGUGGUACUGUGGUGGAAGUGGGCUGCCUGUGCCUACAGCAUUGUGUAGGGCAGGGUACUAUUGCAGCGGUAGAGCAGACAGCGACGAUCAGCAUGAAUGCCCUGAAGGAAACAAAUGUCCGGAAGGAAGUCCAAAUCCCAUACCUUGUGAAGCGGGAUAUUACCAAGACGAAAGAGCCAAACCAGACUGUAAAAUCUGUCCAGCCGGGUUCUAUUGCAAUGACACUAAUGGCCCAGUCAUCUUAUAUGGACAGUAUAUCUGCAUUGAGGGUCAUUAUUGUCCAGUAGGCACAAGAUAUGCAGAACAGUUUAAGUGUCCUCCUGGUACAUUCAACAAUAGGACUGGCAUGGAUGAAGAGUUAGAUUGUAGAACUUGUACAGGUGGUAUGGUCUGUGAUGAGUGGGGUCUGGUGACUCCAUACAAGUUAUGUGGUGCUGGAUAUUUCUGUAGAGAAGGUGCUAAUAGUACCACGCCGGAACUUGGAGAAAAAGCUGACAUCUGUCCUGCCGGAUUUUACUGCCCUGAAGGUAAUUAACAUCCUCUCUUACCCUGUUAUUGGAUGGUCUUAUUUUAACCUUUAUUAUACCAAUAAUCUUAAGGUUUCUUAUGCCAAAAUUCAAAUAAAUUCUUACUUGAAAGAAAAACAUAGAUAUGAGUUGAUAAGUUAUACAAUUUAAAUUAUAGUUCAUCAUUUUGAUACAUUGCUACCAUUUUCGUGCUUCUAUCAAGGUGUACACAAUGCUCAAGUGUCUUAAAAACUAUACACUGUUCCUUAUCAAUAUUUCUUCCUUAGCUUGGCGGGUAGAUUUUUCCGUACCACAAGCACUGAAGUAAUUGAGUUUAUUAAAUACAAAUUACAAACAAAAAAUAUCAUUAUAAAUGGGACCUGGUGACUUCACACCAAGCGGUGUCGUGUCUCAGAUUUUUCUUGGUUUUGUCAUAACAACCUUGCUUCUAUUCGUUUUGCCUUUUAUGAAGGUGUUGACAAGCCAAUCGAUUGUCCAGCUGGUACUUACAGCCCAGCAACAGGUCUCCAGACAGAACACGAAUGCCUAAAUUGUACUGGUGGAGAAUUCUGUAAUGAAACAGCCAUGACAAAAACAGCAGGACCUUGCAAACCCGGUUUCUAUUGUCCACUUCGCUCAUCAAGUGAAACACAAAUUCAAUGUCCUCCAGGCCGUUAUUGUACACAGGGUACCCAUCAUCCUUUUCCGUGUCCGUCAGGAACUUAUUCAAAUGGCAGUGGUUUAGAAAAGGCGGACGAGUGUACGGAUUGCAGGUCAGGAUAUUUCUGCGAUGACGAGGGACUUAUUGAGCCAAAGGCUCAAUGCGACGAGGGCUAUUAUUGCCCCAAGGGUCAAAAUGUUAGUAACCCGUAUCCUUGCCCAGCUGGCAAGCACUGCCCAGAAGGAAGUCCUGAACCUCAAGAUUGCCCAGCAGGGACAUUUGCUGAAAGUCCCAGAUCAUCGGAAUGUGCGACGUGCCCUGAGGGCUAUUAUUGUCUCCCAGAACUUGUUAUCCCAGGUUUGUGAUGAUGUUAUUUUAACACCUAAACCCGCGCUUUGUCUGUGGUUUGCAAAGCAAUGGUUUUAACCACUUAAACUAUGUCAUUAAUAUGCUCUUCAAAAAGCCGAAGCUGAAAGCUUUGUUGUUUCAAGCUCAGCUGUGUUGAAGUAAACCUUCUUUCAACUGUCAACAUUUUUCUAGUUAAGCUGCUUUUGUUAUAUUGAUGUGUUUUUUCAUCUUUUCUCCAAAUGUGUUAUAGGUGACUCGAGUUCUGCUAAGAAUGACUGUCCAGAGGGGUUCUAUUGUCCAAAUGGUACAGGAGUUGACUGGAAACAGUGCCCUGCUGGUACUUACAGCAACAGGAAGAACUUAGUGCGAGAACAAGACUGCACGCCCUGUUCUGGUGGCAGAUUCUGUGGAGGCACAAACCUAACGGAACCAAGUGGAAACUGUAGUGCUGGUUACUAUUGUGUGUCUGGCGCAGCAUCACCAAACCCAUACAUGACAAACUUGACACAGUGUCCUGCCCAUUUUAAGCACAUCACCAUUGGUGAUGUUUGUCCCCGUGGGCACUUCUGUAAAGCUGGCAGUGUCAUGUUUGAAGGUACUUACAUAAACGAAAGUGAUACUUGUAACAAAAUAUUCAGACUUUACGUGGAUAACAAUUAUUAAUAUGAAGAGAAUUGGCCUUUUCUCAAAGGAUCUACAGAGUUACCUUACAAUAACUCCAGAGUGAAUGAAUAAUUGCGAUGAAAGCAAAGAUGAAACAUUGACCAAAACAUCUUCCAUGAAGAAACUAUCUGAAACAUAGUUGUCUCAAUGACAGCAAGUCACAGUCAACUGAAUCAUAACCUGCAGGGUGAAAAUAUUUCGUGACUAAAUUGAUGUCAUUUUUUACAGGUUGUCCUGCUGGAACUUAUCAAGAUGAGGAAGGCAAAGCUAGUUGCAAACCAUGUCCUCAAGGCUUUUAUUGCUAUGCUAACUCCACCACAUAUCAAGGCAAUCAAUGUCCCAAAGGCUAUUACUGUCCAGAAGCUACGCCCAGACCUCAUUAUAAACCAUGUGAACCAGGUACGUACAACCCCAAGCUCCAGGGCAACUCGUCACUAGACUGCUUACCGUGUGACCCUGGUCACUACUGCGCCUAUUAUGGAAAUGAGAAACCCACCAAUUCAUGCAGUGCGGGGUUUUAUUGUCCUGGAGGCGACAGAGAAGCUAAACCUAGUGCGACACGUUGCACACCCGGUCACUUUUGUCCAGAAGCUUCGCAUAACAUGACAACGUGCACACCUGGAAGGUAUUGCGAUCGAGACGAGCUGGAUGAUACGGCAGGACCGUGUGACCCUGGAUAUUACUGUCCAGCAGGAUCCACCAGCAGCCGCCAAGUGGAAUGUGAAGAAGGACACUAUUGCCCAUUGGAAUCACCUCACCCGUUUGCGUGUCAACCAGGCUAUUACUUACCAGGAAAGAAACACGAGAAUGUUUCAGAGUGUAUAGAAUGUAUAGCUGGUAUGUACUGCAAUAAUAGUGGUCUAAACUAUCCAGAUGGACUUUGCGAUAAAAAAUACUUCUGUCCACCUGGUCAGACAGUGUCAUCUCCAAACUCACAUCCCUGUCCAGUGGGUCACUUUUGCCUGAAGGGAUCACCUCUACCAGAACGCUGUCCAAAUGGCACUUACCAAGAUAAUGAGUAUUCCUUCGCAUGUAAGCCAUGUUUGUCUGGAUACUACUGUGAUAAUACGUUAGUUGCUGUUAGUAAUCUGACUGGAUAUGAAUGCCCCAUGGGACAUUACUGUCCGUCAGGGACGUCAUUUGCCACACAACACAAGUGUCCCUCUGGAACAUGGAGCAACAAGACUCAACUUGAGCGAGCUGAACAAUGUACAGAGUGCCCUCCCAGGUAAGAAAACCUCACAGUGUGUGUGCUAAAUCAUAGUGGAGAAAAGAAAUGGUCUCGGUACUCGGACUUUAAAUAGAUCAACAAAUGAGCCAUUUAUUAUUUUGAAUCGUCUUCAAAGACAGUGAUCAUCCGUAUUUGACAAAACAGAACUAUAGUAGUCUUUUGCUGAUAGAGGUUUUUCUUUUCAAACUGUAGGUACUAUUGUCAACAAGAAGGUUUGGCUGAACCUGAAGAUCUGUGUUUGGCUGGCUUCUAUUGUAAUGGAAGCGCCAAGGUGCCAAAUCCACCAUAUGCAAACUGUCCCAUAGGACAUUUCUGCGUGAAGGGAAGUUAUAUACCUGUACCUUGUCCACGAGGCUCGUUUGCAAACUCGGAGAGAAAUAAAAACGUGUCAGACUGCAAGCCUUGUAGCCCUGGGUACUACUGUGACCCUAAUGCUACUAUCGUAGAAGAGCGACCUUGUGAUGCUGGUUUUGUUUGUAUCCUAGGUAAGGACCGACUUGCCACAUACCUUGGUGGUUUUUUUUUUUUCUUCCAUUCCGCAACGUUUAUUUAUCACUACAACCACGAUGAAAAAAGACAAGUUAGACCAAUUGAGAGGUUUUUUUAGUUAAAAUUUUGCGGAGAUGAUUAAAAAUACCACCCGCACUUUUAUGUUGAACAUUUAAAGGUAAAAAUUUCAUGCCUACAUAAAUCUGCUCAGCUAACCUACUGAAAUGUAUUGGCAAUUUCUCCAUAACAUUAUCUUCUUCUCUAAUUUUCUCUUUUAUUCAAGGUUCAACCACUCCUCGCCCAACAGACGGUAUCCAGGGUAAGGCUUGUCCUAGAGGCCAUUUCUGUACUAAAGGAACAGUAAAGGAAGAACCAUGUCCUAGGGGUCAAUAUGGUCCUAUUGAAGGCCAGAGUGUUUGUGAGAGCUGUACAACUGGCUUUACUUGUCCCAACACGUCUGUCAUUCAGCCGACGCCUUGUUCUCCGGGACACUAUUGUCCAGGUGGUGAGUCGCUGCCCAAAGGAACACCAUGUCCAAGUGGAACUUAUCUUCCUACUGAACACGGGAAAUUUAAGAAUGAGUGCUUGGCAUGCCCACCUGGCAAGUACUGUGAACUUCCUGGAAAGGCUUAUGCAACUGGACCUUGUCGUUCCGGGUACCUUUGCAAAGGGGGAGCCAAAUUUUUAGAACCUAAUGAUAAAGACAAUGGGCUUUGCCCGCCUGGGUACUACUGUGAAGAGGGGACAACAAAUGGCACCUUGUGCCCUGAAGGAACCCUCAGGCCAACCUUUGGUGCUAAAUCGCGUAAUGAUUGUUUCCCUUGCACUGAAGGAAAAUAUUGUAAUCAAUCUGGUCUGCUCUUUGCGACUGCAGACUGUGAACCAGGUUACUACUGCCCUGCAGAAGAAGAUAUUCGCUUUGCAAAACCAAGCAAUUUCCUAUGUCCAAUUGGCCACUACUGUCCAAAGGGAACUGCCAACCCAGUAGGCUGUAAACCAGGGUCAUAUCAGAGUCGACAACAGCAAGAAUCGUGUGAUGUCUGCCCAGAAGGCUCCUACUGCCUUGCCAACACCUCUAACCCCAUAGCAUGCCCUCCCCAUCACUACUGUCCAAAUGGUACACACACACCGGUGUUCUGCCCUAAUGGAACAUUUACGAAAGACCAGGAAACUGGACUGAGCAGUCCCGAUCAAUGUAGACCUUGUGUUGCUGGUCAUUUUUGCCAGCUGGGUGUCGUCACUGACAAUUGUACAGCAGGAUAUCUGUGUUACAUUGGCAAUCCUACCCCUACCCCUGAUGGAUCUAAUACAAGUAUUGGAGAGCCAUGUCCUAUUGGUUUCUACUGUCCCGCUGGGACGUUAGAAAAAUUGGCGUGUGAGCCAGGUUUGGUAAUCACUAAAAAGGGAGCCAAAUCAAAAGCUGCUUGUCAAGUGUGUCCUGCUGGAAAGAUUUGCGUUAGUGGUAGUUCUAUACCAACAGAUUGUACAGUUGGACAUUAUUGUCCCUUCAAUGACACUGCAAGACCUUGCCCUCUUCGAACAUUCAACAGCGUAUCUGGUGCGACAGAUAUAAGCUUCUGUCACCCAUGCCCUGCUGGCUACUAUUGCUGGUAUGAAGGUAAGGCUUUUGGUGUCUUUAGUCGCAGAGAAAUUGCAGUCUACAAAAAAUGAUAACCUGCAUUUAGCUCGGGUAAAACUGAGCUUCGAUGAACAGGUAGUGUCAAGUUCAAAAAUACGAGUACAUUUGUCAGCCAAUCGAAGGCUGCUAUGGUUAUUUUCCUUCACAUAUUUUCGGUAGCGUGGACAAACCAUUUACCUACAGCUCACCGUCGAAAACAGAUAUUGACGUUUCAGAGCGACUUUUAUACAAGCAAAUUUCUAUUCCUCUGUGAGAAGGCCAAAACUUUUUGUAGACUUCAAUAAGCUUUCAAAGGAAGACUGUCGACGGAUUGGACGCUGGGAAUAAGAAUUAGGUAAUAUCUUCUGUAGAACUUCAAAGUUGGGGCAUAUUCGGCAACAUAACGCGUGUAAACCAAAGUGUUUUAUGAGUCAUAAUUUGUAUCAUGACCCGUACGUGAACUGUUAACUGUUAUUGUUCACUUGGUGUCACGCAUCGUAAUUGUUGAGCUAAUAUACUUUACUUUAUCUUGCAGGUCUUUCCGACUACACCACCUCUCCAUGCCCAGUUGGUCAAUACUGCUUGAACGCCACAGACCAACCAAUACCUUGUCCAAACGGCACCUUCCGUAGUUCCACAGGGGCACGUAACAUAUCUGAGUGCCACCUUUGUCCUGCUGGGAGGCAUUGUCCCCUGUCUAACAGCAGUGUCUAUGGAUACGAGUGUCCAGAUGGAACUUAUUGCCCUGCAGGAAGAACAUUACCAACUGUUUGUCUUCCCGGUUAUUACUGCAAUGAAACCAAAACCCAAGUUCCAUGCCCAGCUGGCCAUUAUUGUCCAAUUGGAUCUCCGUCAUACAUACGCUGUCCCGCUGGGUUUUACUGUGAUCCAGAAGAUCGUUGUGAUCCUACUGACCUUAAUUCCGGUGCCUGUCAGCCGAAGAUUUGUCCUUUAGGUAAGUAGUAAACCUGACAGUUGAUGCUUUUAAACUCCAUGAACGUGGACAUCACUCUGAUUACUUAACCAGAUUACGAUGGCAGAGUCACCAAUCCUUGAUCCACAUUUUCGCCCUGUGGCAGUAGUUUCCUUGCCUCUGCAUCACCUGGGUUUUAAAUUUGGUUGUUAACCAAUCAGAAGCUAACCACUCUGAGUGGUGGGGUAGCAAUGAUGUUUGAGAGUUCUGCGUCGUUUACAUUUUUAUUCUUUUCACUGAUUUAAUAUGAUUUUGCUUCAGGUUACAAACAGGUAGAAAAUUCAUCAAGAGAAAGCUUCAAUGACUCGUGCGUGAUUUGCCCCAAAGGCCAGUAUGGAAAUCAUCCAAGCCGUCUGGAGUGUAAGACUUGCCGUGAUGGUGUCAUUUGUUUGGAAGGUACAAGAAAGUUAUUAGGGACCUUUAGCAAACCACGACGGCGACGGCAGCGAGUAGGUGGCGAAACAAAAGAUCUAAUGAGCAGAACAAUAGCUCAGCUCGUACGUUUUCGAACUUUGUACAUUUCUUAGCCGUCCUCUGCAAAAUAACAACGUGAAAUCCUCAAAAUUACCGAGGUUCAAGAAAGGAAACCUCGACGGCAAAUUAUCUAAGUUUCCAUUUGGAACUCAACGCUCUUUCAUAUGCUAUGAUGAGGUUAACUUGCGGCGCCGUAAAGGAUGGUAGUCACAUCCACUCAUUCGCGAAAUUUGAACUGAAAAUAUCUCUUCAUUUUAAAUUCGACGUCUUCUUUGGCGUUGCCGUCCUAACUACUAAAGGUCCCUAUUAUUGUUUUAAGACUGCAGCUUUUUGUCAGUUCUGAACUUUGCCAUGAUUUGUCUUCAGGAGCAACUACAGAUGAACCUGGCUUGAAUGGGACAGAAUUCGGUGUGGAGAAAACCAAUUCGUACCUUUGUCCUCGGGGUUACUACUGCCAGAAGGGUGUAGAAUUGGUGAGCUGCCCGAAUGGGACUUAUAAUGACAAGCUUGGUGCUGGACACAAAGACCAGUGUGAUGCCUGUCCAGAAAAUCACUAUAAUCCUUGGGAGGCUCAAACUUCAUGCCUGUCUUGUAGCCCGCUGACAUCUAGAGAAGGUUCCGAUACCUGCGUAUGUAAUGGAAAGAACCAAAUAUACCAGGUACAUAGAAAUAGGACAAUUUGAGUGCUGUUGAUCACAAAAAGUAGAAAGCAAAAUAAAUCAUGAGCAGUGUCCACUUAAAUGUUCAGAGAUACGAGAUUUUUCCAGCAAAUAUAAUUACAGAGUCGAGUAAUGACGCGUAUGCAACCAUGUUUGACAUAAACACAAUGCUUUACAGCAGGUUACUGAUCUCGAACUGAACUUAAUUUUAAAGUAAGCUUUUCUGUUUCAUAUAAAUUAAAUGAUAUUUGUGAAUUCAGUUGUUUUGAUCGUUUCCUUACCGUGCUUUGCUACCUUAGUAAACUUUGUUUGUACUGGUACAUUCUGAUGCCAGAGGAUGUAACUUCCCUCUUGAAAGUUGACUCCUGAGUUUUUUCUCUCUCAGAUAUCGGACAAAACAUGCACCUGUAAAAAGGGAUAUGAUCUUCAAAACGGAGACGAAUGUGUCCUGAAGCUGUACCCAUUAUGUACAGAUAGUACUUGGAGGAAUCAGGAGGGUAUUUGUUGGACUGAGGAACAAUGGAAUGAUUACUGCAAUAAUACGGUAAAUACACAACUUUGGAAAUGGAUUAUCAUUACGAAGACUUUCCUGCCUUUGUUUCAAAUAUUAGACCCGUUGAUUAGGAGUAUCUGCAAAGAAGCGGACGAAAUUUGUGGUUUUGCGCACUUCAAACUUGCACUUGAAAACGACAGCGAAUGCUGAUAUUGAUAUGGGUGUUCUCUCUUGUCUUGUAGAAAUGUUCUCAGGGCUCCCUAGGAUUUGUGGGAGAAUUGGGUCUUUGUAAGUGCAAGGUAACGAGCACAGACGACAUUUGUGACAGAGAAUGCAGGUUACUGCAGGAAAACCGGAUUCAAAUACUUUGCAACGACCCACCACUACUCAAGGUCAAUUCCCGUUCCAGAGAGGUAUGCAAACAUUAUUUAGGGAGUAUUUUAGUAACAACCAGUCUGGUGUGUAAGAGCUGUUUGAUUUAAACAUUCCACAAACCUUAAAUAGCAUUAAACAGAUCAGUGAUCUAAUGCAGCGCAAGUGAGGAAUCACUCGAAAAUUCUUCCACCUUUAAGUUCACCUCAUCUCUUAUAUGCUCAGCAAUUGGCUUACUAUCAUUUGAAGUUUACAAGGAACUCAGUCCUCAAGUGGGCAAAAUCGUUUUCCUUUUCCUGUUCAUUUCCGUUUUAUUGCCAUUUCCCCUUCCUUGUUUCCUUUCCUUAAACAUUUUCCCCUUUCCCUCUUUUAUUUGCAUCCGCUUUUGUUUCAUCUCCCUUAAGACGUAAGUUUGUAAGAAUACGCAAUCAAUACAAGAUGAUGUGUUUGUUUCAUUUCAGUCGUCCGUCUUCAAUUUGUCAGAGUUAGAGAGUGUACCAAACUUCAAGGAAACGUUUGAUUGCACCUUGGGCCUAGAGUCUCCUAUAAGUCUUGUUGUCCUUCAAGGUAAGUUACUCCUCCAACUCCAUGUUUUUUUUGUUUUUUUUUUUUCCAAACUGAUCCUAGAGGUCUUGAUACCCCGUAGCCUUGAAAAUGUUCCAAAAACUUUUUAGAAGCUGUUUUUUUUUCUCGUAUAUUCAAAGAUUCCAAACAACUUAGGAGGUUCCAGCGAUUACAUCAGUAUUCUACGUUUGUAUGAACUGCAGGAUUAAACUCAGGGUUGCAUUCUUCUGUUUACGUUGAAUUAUUGUUUCAAUCCUCAAACAGAUGGGGAAAUACAAGGAGCGUAUGAUCCUGAAGCAGAAGAAGUCUCUGAUCUGUUCGCUGCACAACUAGCACUCAGCUCAGCAAACUCAUCUUCAGCUACAAGCAGAAGAAAGAGAAGAGCUGUGUCCGAUUUGUCUUACAGAGGCAUGUCAAACCCAACCAUUUGCCUGAAGCAUGGUUCGCACUUGAUGUGGAAAGUUUCUAACACAGACUUCCCGAAGUACGUCAAGAACAACCUGUACAACACAAAUCCAUCCUUUGAUGAAGGUCCGUUUAAAGCUUUGGAAGAAAAACAUCAAUUGGAAUCCACCAAGUUUGAAUUGUUUGCCUACAGGUUUGAUGUAGAGGGUGUUUACGUGUUCACAUCAAGCGCUAAUCCAGAGAGCACCAUGGUUAGUUGUGUUUAUUGACAGUCAGAUUAUCUAUUUUGCUAUUUUAACAUUAAGACUCAGAUGUUAUGACCGUUUACAACUAACAAUCAUCUCUGAGUUGUCUGGACUGAAACACAUAAACGUACCAAGCUGUUUAUAUUUUUGGUUGUCAGGCAAAGUGGUUGGUUAGAUUGGUUUACACAAAGGUGAAAAUGAAAAUACAGAACUUGAAAUUUUGUGUUGCAGUUUGUUCGAGUCAUGGCCAAAGGUGCUGAUUGUGCUGAGAAUGGUCCAUUUUUCCCCACAACACCAAGGAAUGUGAUCCAAAAUGGCAUCGCGAUCGCCAGGGAUAUCGUUGUCAUGCCAGACUGGGUGUUGAUCGGCGCCAUGUUGGGAAGCUUCGCCCUAUUGAUGAUUAUUCUCGUUAUUGGUUUGGUAAGUUUGGUUUUUUUUGUUCUGUCCCAAGGAAUGGCUUUUGUGUCCAGACAUCUUUUGUCAUGUUCAGGAAUUGCAAGGUCGUAGGAACAAAAUACUUGGCAUAUGAGGUCGUUUUUUAUGCAGAUUUGAAUCAAUAUGUUUUGAGUGAGGUUUACUCAGCGUUUCAUUUCUAUAAAAAAAAAAUUAAACUGGCUUAAGUUUUAAAGAAUAUAUUUCUUUAGUUUACUUGAUCCUCCAGUCCUUUUUGGUAAAUCUCUGCAAUCAACUUCCACCCCUUUUUUCUUUGUGUUCUUAAAAAAUAAAAAGUUUUUAGGGGCGUUUUCUUAUAGUCAUUUCUAAGUUUUCAGUUUUUUUCCUUUCCCAUGUAGUUAAUCUUCCGUAAACAAGGAUGGAAGAAAGUUACCUUCAAAUUCCCCCGCUAUCGUGUACUGGCGCAGAAUUACAACUUUGAUGACUACUCCUCUAAAGGAUCCACCGUUCACCCUGUCAAAAAGUACCACAGGAAUCUUGAGGCGCUCAAUCAGUAUGCGAAUGAAGGACCCUUACAGGAGAAGGGCCCUGCAGGUAGGUGUAAUACUAGAUAAAGGUCGAUUCUUUUGCGCACGCAACAGAACCAUACGAAAAUAGUAUAUAUGGCUAAUUUAUAGUCAUAAAUUUCAAUUUGUGAUGCACAGAGGAAGAAAGCAUUGGGGUUGCUGUAGGAGACGACGGAAAUGGAAACGCUCGUGGUAUGCGUGAAUUAAACGUAAGAUAAUUGGUGACUAUCACUUGCUUGUUUCUCUAGUUGAUGAGGAAGUGAAGGGCGAUGAAUUCUGGGAUUACGACCAACAAGUGGAUUUGGAAGGUUUUACAUCCGGGCGAUUGUAUGGUAUUUUAGCCAAACAGUCCAGGGAAGUAACAGCAGCCAUAGCCAGACAAAAAGACCAGGUAAUAACUGUCGACAUUUAUAUUGAAAUUAAAAGAGGUCUCGAUAGCAUGCGCCAACAGAGCGGAUUCACGGUAACUGGAGUCAGGAACGUAAUGAUUUAGCUUGAAGACUAGUUUCGUUACCUGCAGUCUUUGAUUGGAUACUGACAGGUCAAUUGUGAACUGCCUUACAAAUUGCAGUGAGGAAACGCAGGAAAAUCUCAAAACCACAAAUAAUUAUCGUUGACUCGCUGUCUGUGGUUUAGCUUUCUGGCGCCCCAAUGACUUGAUCCUCGGAACACAGAAAAAUUUCAUGAAUACUUGAUGUUCAAGAUUGUCUGAGUUUCCCAAUAAUGAAACUUACAUACAGUUAAACUUAGUUUCCAUUAAAAAAUGAUGUAAGCCUCGAGCUAGUAAAUCUUAGAACAAAACAUUUCCGUAUGAUACCGAGCGACGGAAAUCAUUUUACCUGAAUUAUCGUUAGAAUUCAUUUAAGAUGACACAAUAACAGGUUUAAAAUUUUUUUGCAUUAUUUUAUGACCAGGCUUAUGUUUAUGUUUUUAAUAUUUUCAGGCAAAACAACUUUACCAGAAGAUCAACCAACAGACAGAGUCUCUAAAAGGAUUAUGGAUCGCCAAACUCAACCUUAAAGGUCGAGCUGCCAUGGCAACACCUGAAGACUUGAGAAUGUUUGAGGCUAAGAAAGGAGAGGUAAAAUUUGAUCCCACGCGGGACCCACGCGGGACCAUUUCAUAGUUAAUGUUCAGUGGCCGAUCAGUGCAGUAGUUUGUGGAAGUUAAGCGCAGCUUUAAAACAAUUUGUUUAAGCGAUUUUCUUUCAUUUUCAGUCGCAAAUGGAUUUUAACGCGAAAGCGGACGUAGGAUUAUAUUAUCAUGGUUUAAACUAGAUUCAACCGAAAAAUGAUUUACUACAACAACAAGAUCUCUAUUUUGUUUCCUAGCUUGAAGCUGAACUUGAGAGGAGGAAGGAGCUUGGUUUCAAUUUUCAGCAGAUCUUGCAGCGGCAGAAAACAAUUCUGAAAGAAGACGAUGAAGCAAGAGAGGCGCACUUAGUGGCGUUUGAUUCAUCUUUGCGUGAAGCGAUGCGUAUCCUGAAAGGUUACAGUGAAAAGCAAGGCAAGGGUGAUAUGGCUGGAGACUUCAACGACCAGUUGGAACACAGGUAACUUUAAGAAAAUGAUCAUUGGAAGUACAAAUAGUCAGGCAUUUAGUUUUAUUCCUGAAAAAACAGUUGGGUCGUUAUUCUGCUGGACUUUCCGUAACCUCAUUCUCAUGCUCCGUGUGACUGUUUUCUUGAAGGAUUGGGAGCCGCGUUGAUGCAAUCAUUCAGCGGUUGAACGUAGAAAUAACCAGUGAAUGCCAGCGACGAGGAACCUGGGCAUUACUCGGACAGGACACCGGUGCGAGGCUGUGCACCAUUGAAGGAGAGAUUCUGAGCAUGAGUUACUUAUUUAACGCCGAUGGAAGCAUUCAAGCCACUGAUAUGAUAUCACAUGACCCACAUACGGGACUAAUGAUUCCCAACCCAACGACAGCUAAUAUGCUAUUGGCUGACAACUUAACAAAUAUUCCAGUCCCGCAGUACUUUUUCGUCCAUCCAAAGAGCGGGCGUGUUAUGCCCAUCGAGGGAAAUGUUGCGUAUGACCCGCUUGCAUCUCGCCUCUCAUUCACCGCAGACAGCAAUAAUGCAGACGCAGCCACAUCAGCAGAGGCUCUUAUUCCGUUUGUACCAUACCCAAACAAUCCCGAGACAGGAGUCCCUGUGAAGUUGACUCUGAUCCCAGUCGAGAAGAAAGGAGACAUGAGGCUGAAUGGGAGAAUGAUUUGUGGAAGGACUGGUCUUCCUGUUCCGAUUUUAGGAAUGACUAUUCAUCCAGAGACAGGUUAGCCUCAGAACCAUAAUACUUUUACGGUGACAAGAUAUGUUUGAUCCGAAUGUGCACUUUGUAAUGGGCUGUGGCACCGUACUUCGUUUCGUAUUCUUGACUCUGGAAACCGAUCACACAAACUUAAAAAAUGUCAGUUCCAUGCAAUCCAGUAGGUUCCUAUUGUUUUAAAGCAGCCAUGAAGUUGAAGCCAAUAAAACACAAAUUUGACGGUAAAUAAGCGUUUUUCCGUACAAAUUUUAAAUUAAAUUGCUGGAAGGAAGCUGUUGAAAUUCUAUUUUUCUUUAAUUUUUCUUCGUGUACAAAGUGAACUUAACCUUUAUUUUGAUGAACUUUUAGGUAAUGCUUAUCCAGUCGGUGGUUGUCAUGACGACCCAGUGACAGGUCUUCCAGUUGCCAUAGAAAUUGGUUCGAUGAUGCUGGAUCCUAACUCUGGUCGCCCAGCCCCCAUCGUGGCAGUCACCAUUGACCCAAGGACAGGCAAUGUUAUUCCCCUGGGUGGUACUUCAGGGGAGUUAGACAGAGGCGAUGAAAUCCCAUUGCUGCUCAGUGACUCGUUCACAGAGCCUCUGUCAGGAAGGCCGCUGAAAGUGACUGGUGCCAGGCUUGUGGAUGAUGGAGAAGAGAAGGAACUGGAACCAAUAGGUGGAGGUUACCAAUAUGUGUUAGACGUUGGUGAGCUCUAUUAUGAAUUCCGCGUCCUAGAGGCUCUGCAGGAUUUGAAAGAUGCCGUAACUGGUCCAGAUGAGUCUGAUGGCCGUCAUGAGCUAAGUGUGCUGGAGAAUGCUCAAAAGGAUCUUCAGCGGGGACGCUCCAAGCUCAUGUCGUAUUGUUUGAGAAGUGUUCAUGACAUCAUGCGCCGCGAGGAGCGCUGCUCUCUAUUGGCAGAGAGUGGUGGCAGCCCAGGAAUGUACGAAUUCUCGGCCACUGGUCAGCUGCUUCCUAUACUCAUAGGUACCACCAUGAGGGACCCAUCAGGAAUGGAGCUCGAGGUUCCAAUCCUUGGAAUCGACAAAAACCACGAGACGGACACCAUAAUUCCCUUAGGAGGCUCACUGGAGGACCCUGGUGGAGAGGGAUUGGUUCCUAUCAUGAUCGGAGAGAAGGCUGUGGAUCCAGUGACUGGUGCACUGUCCACCAUAUGUGGCGUGAAAAUGAACCAAGAGUUUGGUGUAACAGAACCUGUCACACUUUCCUCUAGUACUCAAAGAAAACGGCGCCCGCCCCCUGGCUCUGUAAGUCUUCACUGUUUGUAUAUGGUGUUUUACAAGCGCACAUCAGGGCGCAUCACAGCACAUCAAAGCACGUCUAACCUCUGAUGCCUUUUUUGCAGGUGGCUCUUCUUGAAGAGGAGCUCGCUGGCCGGCGCAGUUUCUGGCGUCGUCAGCGGCACCGUGAAGCUGAGCUCACGGAAGUGGAGUCUAAUCUGUACCGCCAGCUGAUGGAAGAUGAACACGUGACAGCUUAUCAUGUCCAGGAACAACUGGAGAACAUUAAGGAAGGUAAGAAAGGAAGAUGAUGCAAUGAAAGCUCGAAACUCCUCACAAUUAUCAAAACCUGAUUAAAAUAGAUCGUGGAAUUGUUUUUAAUGAUUAUCGUGUUGAGACAAUCGCUCGAAAUCAGUUGUCAUCAAGAAGCUAAGAUUGUUUAUUUUGUUCCCUUAGAAACCGUGUCCUUAGCUGAUGCGGCGCAUCGUGAAGUGCAGCGACGAAGCGAAGCUUCAGUGGAUCAUGCCGCUGUAUUGCCACCAGAUGUGGUGGCUGUGCUGACAAUGUUUGACGCUUUGGAGAGAGACAAGGAAGAAGGACACAAUAAUGCUCACAUUCGCUUUGCUGAUUCAAUCACCCGCUUUUUUGAUAAACUGCGAACCGAAGAGACAAAAUACAACAACAGAAUGGAAGAACUUCAGGUACGGAAAAUCUUAAAUUUCAUAAAUGAAAUCAGAACUGCUUUAAGGGAAUUCAAAACUGACAUCUCACCUCAGACUAAUAAAUCUAUGUAUUUUACUCUGGUUCAUCUCAUCUCAUGUCAUGUUAUUCCUCUCUUUUCUCCUCUCUCCUCAAUUCUUCAUCGGAUUUAAUUUCUAUGUCUUUAACGUUUUUCCUUUUUCAGGGUGCACUAAAUCCUGAGGCCGAGGCUGCUGUCACUGACCGCUUCCAGCAAGCAAAGGCCAGGUUACGAGGCGAACUACAAGAUCAGCUCCAGAGCCGCACAGAACAACUGGACGAGCAGCACUCGGGACUAGAAUACGUCAGGAACAAGGCCGAGAUUUCUGCUUUGGAGGCCAAGGUAACUCGUGCUGUUUGAUUUUGUUGGUUUUUUUUUCCUAAAACUAUAUCAAUCGACAAUUAUCUCAUUUUAACUUGGCGAUUUUCAACUUGUACUUAUUUCACACCUCAGCUUGUGCUGACGGGAGGAGCAAUCAUCGCAGGUGAAUACGAGGUCUCACUGCUGGGGAUAUACGGAGAUGAUCUUCCGUUACCCGAAGCUAAUCGGGAGCUGUUGCCUCUUCUCCAGCGCCUCAUUCGCCUUUUACAGGAGGGCAUGCCAGUGUUGAUGAACUCCGCUGGUCAAGUUGUCGGAGGCGGGUAUUCUGUCCUCGGUGGCGGCGCUAAAUUUGACGUCGUCAGUCCAAGUGCCGUUAAAGAACGAGGCACUAGCGUUGGUAUGUUUGCAAAUUACUACUCUUACCAGUUGCCGAACAAAAGAAUUUUACAAUCCAUAUGUAUUAUCCAAGUUGUAUUUCCCAGUCUUGUUUGUCAGCGGUGUUAGUUACCUAUGAUCUGUACUUUUGACUUCUAAAAAAAUUUUGUUUUGAUUCGUCAUUUAAGCCAUUAUUGAACAUGUAUUCAUUUUUGUUGUAUGUUUCUUUCUUUUCCCUCAGCCCCAGCUGUGUUUAUAAGCCAGCACGGUGUCGCUUCCGAACAAACUCAAAAAGCUGCUGCUAUGACUUCAACCCCAGGCCUCCAGCGUCAGUCGAGCGCUGUCUUCUCCACAGCUGAAAUUCUGUCAACAGUAGAAGUUGAUCAAAUGGGACAAAUAUACAGCAGCGAGGCAGUGAAUAUCGCGGAGAUCGCCGCAUCAGGUGGCUUGACAGAAGCAAAGAGAAAGGAAAUCAGUAAGAAUUUGAUGGAAAAACACACUUUGGAAUGCGCACAGUUAGAGAAUGAACUCCGCUCGAACGAAAUCAAAAUCAUCUCUGAGGUUAUAUCUUCAUAUGAAGAGAAGAAAGGCAAGGCAGUGACUGAGUUACAGGUAAAAGGUCGUUGUAGUACUAUAUCGCUGAAUAGAUAUUUUUAGUAGCAGGUGUUACUAAAAAGUAACAAUGAUAACUAACAUAUUUAUUAUUUUAUACAUAGAGAGCGGUUGGUUUAAACUAGAAUCUUACAUACUCUGCAGAGUAGGCGAGUCAGUCAUGUGAGCGGAGAGCGCGAAGAGCGGUCACACGACUGAGGAGGACGCGGAAAACUGCGUGCUCGCCUCGCGCUGGCUCAAUACGCAUUAAAAAAACGCCAAACUUAAGACUGGUAUUUUAUGAAAUGACCUGUUCAGGACUUGAACGUGAUUGUUUUUGACCAAUUUCAGGGAGAGUUGAGGGAAAAACUACGUCGAGCUCAGAGCGAAGAAGAAAAAGAAGCUCUCGUCCAGGAAUACUCAGAAAAAAUGAGUAAAGUACAGGAAGAUAUCGAGCAACAAAAACAAAGAAAACUGAGGGACGUUAGAAAACUCUUGAAAGAAGAGCGAGUACGACGCAAGAAAGAGCUUUACAAGUAUGUAUUACAAUCAUUUUUUUUUCAUUUAUUGGUGUUCCAUCAAUGACAACUUAAUCAUAGCUUUAGCGACUAGAUUAUCAUGUUCAUUGUCAUUGUCAUGCAAUGGUUAAGGUCGGCUAGUACUUUGUGGGUCUGUUGUUAAUAAAUCUGUUAUCGUGAUUAUGGUUUAUUUUUGCUUCCAUUGUUUGCUCAUUUGUGUGUGGAGCACAAAGCGUCCGAUGUACUUAAACAUUUCAACACCAUCCAUAGCUAGUCCUCAGCGGUUCAGAACAGUUACCUUCAAUAUCGCCUCCAUAAUGUUCUUGUCCAGUAAAUAAAUCAACUUCCCUUGAAAUUCGUGAAAUCUUCCCUUUUUGUGUCUCGUAGUCGUCAUAAGGAAGAAGCUCGCAUUGCAGGAGUCAGUGACGUCAUAGAUCUUGAUCUCCCGGAUGAGGAUGAACUGGAGAGAGAUCUGAUCUUAUUGGCCCAACAGCAAGAGAAGCUACUGGCUGAACUGGCGCUUGCCUACGAACAAGAAAGUGAACGUGAACGAGAAGAGAUGGAGUCUGGCAGACGAGCAGAAUUUGAUAAAGAGAUGGAGGCACGAGUGAAAUCCAUGAAUUUAUCACUUGCUCCAGAAGAGAUCAAGGAAGCUUUUGAAGAAGUGCGAGAGGUAAGAAAUUGGAGUUCCAAGUCUAGGAAACCAUAUAUAUGAUUAUUCGUUUGUUACGAGAUUAUAGACAAAUCAAGGGAAGGCGAAACCCCAUCGGGAUCGACACACCCUCUUCCCCUCCUCCAUAUACCUGACGGAAGCUUCACGAUUCAGACUCGCGGUGAACUCUGCCACAGACUGGGUAAUCGAACAUGAUGUAUACUGUGAGCACUGCUAGGUUAAGCAGUUUUUCAACCACCUUGUAAAUUACGCCUCUACUUGAAUUGUAACUGAGAAGAAAACUAACGUCUUUAAUUUUUUUUUACACCAGCUUCACUCGCGAGCUGCUUCCAGGAGAGUCAACAUGAAAGAAAAGAUGAAAGAAAGAAAGGAUCGCAAACGCUCUAAGAAGACUGAGGAGGAACUUAAAGAAGAGCUAAAACAUGUUGCACCCGGGUCCCCUGAGGAAGCAGAGAUCCUAGACGCCUUGCAGAAACGAGAGAACGCUGACGUACUGAGAGAACAAGGCGCCCUGAUUGCUGUGGUGGCUGAGGUGGAAGCUGAACAAGAAGAAAAGAAAAGAAAACAGGUUUGAACUUUUUGAAUGCCUCGAUUACGUACCGAUUUGCGCUCUCACUUGUGUCUGUCCCCUUUUUUCCCGUCCAUUCCUUCCAGCUGUCGCCCAUUUUACGUGAACUGGCUCACUUUGCUUUUAAUGCAGUUAAAUAUAACGUUGAAUAUGUCACUUACUCAUCUGAUUUGUCGGUUUAUCGUUUUAAUCUUAAGGUUGUGCUAAACCUAUUGAAGGGAACUAAAAUGUCUGAAGAACAACAACAACAAAUAGUAGAGAGGUACAUGGCAGAGGCUGAAGAAAUGAAAGAGCGAUACAACGAUGCACAGAGGCACAGUCGGGCUGUUUUGGCCGCUAAACUUGCUGCAAGGAGACGACAGAAGGAAGAAAUAAACAAGGAAGCUGCUAUGAAGAAAGAGCUGAAAGAAAUGAGCAAGAAACAGGUAAUCAGAGUGAUGUUUCAGACGUUUCUUUAAUAUAUUUUUUCGAACUUCGUUUUCUGGAGUUUUACAAUUAAGAAGAAGCAGUCUCUCCCCUGUUAUUACAGUGAAACAGCAAGCGUAUACCAGACGGACAUGCGUCGUUGCUUUUAAUAUGAAUCCAUUCAAAAAUGUCAGUGCUUGGAAGUUCAAGAAUUGGCAAAGUAACUUUAAAUAAAAUAGCUAGCCACGGAAAACGCAAGGCGAAAAUACAGCUUUUGUAAAACGUGCUCCCUUAUCCCACUUGCUGAUUUUUUUUAAUUAAAAUAUUCAGGGGGAGUUUUAUUUGACUGAACUUCUUUCUCUUUAGGCUGAAUUGCUCGGGGACGAUGCCGCUGUACAAGUGCUGGAAGAAGCAGAGGCUCAAAUAGCUGACGACCUGAGUCAUGAGCUUGAGAAUCUUUCUGAGAAACAGAUUGAAGAACAAACUGCGCUGGAAAUAAAGCAGGCUGAGGAGUUGAUCAACCUGGAGAAAGACCUGCGAGCUGCUCAACAGGAUGCUGGGAAACAAGUCGCAGAUCAGAUUGAAGAACAGAAGCAGAAGGUAGACAAUAUCUUAAUCAAUCCAUCCACCCUUUUCUUUUCUUGGAGUCGAAGGGUGAGAGGAAAUCAGUUGACGACAUUUUUGUAAUUUUAAUUGAACAUUAUUCUUUAUAUUUAUCUUGAGCUUUGCUUGUGUGGUGGAAAGAGUAGCUUAAUUGUUUAAAUAUAUUCUAUGCUAAUCUCUUUUUUACAGCUUAUUGAAGCUAAGAAGGAGACUUUUGAGAAAGAGAUGUCACAAAAGCGUAACGAACUGUCUAAGGAUCAGGCUGAUAUGUUACUGGAGCAACACAAGCGAGAGCUGGAGAUGUUGUCACGCAGCAUGGACGUGGAGAAACAGCGACAGAUGAACUCACUCGGUGACAAGAUUGCCGAGCGGAAGAGACGCAAAGCUGCUGCUCUGGAACAAAAGCACCAAGCUGAGAUGGUCAAGACACUGAUGAACCAGCAAAGUGAAAGGCAAAAAGUUCAAGACGACAAGGUAAACAAUGAGGAAAAUACAAAUAUUUUAUUGUUAUGGUCACAACUUGGAGAAAACCGCGCAGCACUAUAUCCGUCAGUUUGAUAAACAUGUUGCGAGCUGGCAGACUUUUCUUUAGCAGUUACACGAAUCGGACUUGUUGUUCAAAAAUUAAGGACAAACCAAGUAAUUAUGUUACUGGAGACUGCGCGCAAACAGACCAAACAACGGGUCACACCCAUUGCUCUUACUCAUGUAUGACUGCAUAAUCGUCUACUUUCUCUAGAUUCGCGAGGCCCAGAAGACAGCACUGGUGAAUACGGUUCAAAACCUGGACAGUGAAAGGGCUGGAAACACGAUAUUCCAAGUAUUGCAACAGAGGCACAUACAAGAAAGAGUGCAACUUGAAGAUCAAUUUAAUAGAGAGAUCGACGCUGCCAAGGCAGAAGCGCGGGCUCGCAUGGCCGAAACUCGCCAGGCAGAGAGAGAAGAACUGAUAGCAGAGCAAGAGAAGGUAACAUGGUUCAAAAUAGUGGUGGUACUUAUUUGGCACAGAAAACCUUCUCGUUUGAACCUCUUUAGGCUCGGUAACCUCUCGAAAGAAUCCUGUUUAAUUCGAUAAAAGAGUUUGUUUAUUUUGUUAUAACAUUUUCUUGAAUACUUUAUUUUAUGGUUCUACUUUCAGGAAUUCAUGGAGUUGAUUGACAAGUCGAACUCAAUGAGUACAGCUGAAAUUUCCCAGUUGAAAGCUGAGUUGAAAUUAAAACAAAAGGUAAAAGUGCGGUUUGAUUUUGCUGAGAAUCUUAAGUACUAUAUUAGUCGAUACAUAUGUUUAUUCCAAAACGUUUCAUCUAUGAAAUGUGUGAAUUAAAAUAACUUAGCUAAAAUAUUUUCAGGAAUAAAGUAUUUAUUUUCAUUUAAUUAGUGGAACAGACAGUCAUUUACGGACCUUUCUAAGUUCUCGAGAUUUGCACAUUGGGCGAAAUAUCGUCAUCGAUUAGUUAAUCAAGCAUUAUUUUUAAUAUUUGUAUUUCAAUUUCUUAUUUCUACUCUUUCUGCAGAAACAAUUGGCACAGUUUGACAAAGAGACGCAAGAGAAAGUCGCACAGGCCGAACUGGACACGUUGCCUUCUCUUGAGGUGAAACAUGCGCAUGCUAGACUGGAACUUAGAGAGAGACAAUUGCAAGAGCUCGCGGGCACAAUGAGUGAGCUAUCCACCGAAGAGGUGCGUCAUCGUUUCUUGUAACUUAUCAAACUAAUAAAAACAUGUCAGAGUAGGUGUCCUGUGACUUGUUUUACAGUUGCGUCUUAUCUUGAAUCACCAGGUGGUUCUUAAUGAACAUUAUGGGGGCUAUACUGUCAUCCAGGAAUUCAGAUGUUAUGUUAAACAACAAUUUUCUGUGAGGACGUAAUAGAAGUAUUUUGUAACAAGUAAACUGAAAGAUGACUGUUUUUUUAGGAACUCAUCAACAACUACAAUGAAGAAGCUGAACGCGCCUCACAGGCAGCCAAAGAAUACCGAGAACAAACUAUGUUUGAAAUGGCUGAGAAAAUCAACAAGAUAAAGGCAGAAAGACAACAACAGAGUGAAGAACAGAAGAGAAAGAUGGACGAAGAAAUAAAGUAAUUUAUUUGUAAUAUUUGAGUCGUCAAAUGAAUGUAUGAAUUUGUUUCAGUGUGCAAGGAUAAUUCCAAUUACAGAACUUGUGGAAUGACUAAGAAAUAUAAAAGUGAUGUUGUCUUUGUAAUAAUCCUUCAGGCGUCUUGAAACUGAGUUGGAGAAAGAGCGAGAACGAGAGGAACUGAGGCUAGCAGAGCGGGAGGCCGAGCGUACCGCUAAGAGAGCAAAGGCAGCACAGGAGAAUGAAGCUAAAAAACAACUGGCCAUGGCUCAACGAGGAAUGACCGAGGAACAGAAAGAGGUAAGAGGAAAGAGACCUUCCUUAACUAUCCCCCCCUUCUCCCUCCUCUUUCUAACUAUCUAUCUACCUGCCCCCCCUUCCCUCAACAACAUUCUUAGGUAACACCUUCCUAUCAACCACCUUUUCUGCGUUUUUUUUUUUUACACUUUUCUGGCGAUUGAAUUCACUGCAAUUUGUUAUUCAGAAACUAAUGAAAGAACACGAGGCCAACAUGGCUAAAUUUGAAGAAAACCUUAGAAAAGAACAAGAGAGAACAAAAGCUGCGUUGCGUGAGAAACUUGAGGCCAGGCGUAAGAAGAAGAAAGAUGCAGAGAUGCAGAAGAUUAAAGCCUCUGCCAAGAUUGAAACAGAAGCUGCUGAACAGAAAGAGAGAGAAGAAAUGACCGCGUUACAGAAACAAGAGGCGGAGCGGCUGAAGGCAAGCACCCCAACUACACCCUCGGCACCCUCAGAGACACGACAGAGAAGCACAGGUAAUAUUUAGUAAUGUGACAUUGUCAGAUGUCAAAAUGAAUCGGUGUCAGUGAGAGGCACAGGUAACCUACAAUUCUGUAGUGCGGUUUUUAAGUGCUGUUUUUUCGUGACCCGUGCGGCUGAGACUCUUCAUCAAGACGAGGUGACUGAUCGAGAUUGACUUCGACAUAAUGAAACGUCAGCUACCACACACCAAUUACAUACGCACAACUUUAAUAAAAGUAUUUUGGAGGGACUUAGCUCAAACCAGUCUGAAUUAUUUUAUUUAUUCGAUCUCGUUCCUUUGUCUUUCCUAAUUGCAGAAGACCUUACCGCCACGGAAAGUUUGCUGACGUCAUCAGCAGAUGGUCAGCCUGUUAUAACCGCUGGACUGCCCGCGGGAGUUUCAGAGCAAGACUGGGUUUCGAUGCUGAUUGGUUCACCAAUAUUCGACAGCGUCAACGAAAUUGAAAAUAUGCUGAAAAAUAACAUCGGUGAGGGAGGAGUGGCCGGAGCUAAAGGCGGCCGACCAUAUAUCGACAUUAAAGACGCGCAGUGGCUUUGUCGGGGCGAUUUGGUCCCAGUGGAUAUUAAUGACCUCAGUCCUGCCAACUUUGUGGUGUAUCGCUUUGGAGUCUUCAUAACACAGAUGUUACGCAAAGCCAUGGAAGCGCCUGAAGUUACUUUACUGCUCGCAUCCAAUUUGCCCCAAAAUAACUACGAACGGAAUGCCUUCAGAAACUCCUUCUUCUAUGAGCAUGCGCGGCGGGUGUUGUUCGUGCGACAGGAGCGGAUGGAGUCGGUCGGUGAUUUCCUGGUUGUGAUCAUGCACUGUUUGGCGCACAUCAAGAUUGAAGAUCUUGUUGAUGAUCAGAACCCACUCUUCCUCAGGGAAUUCUAUAAGGUACUUCUUCGUUCUUCUGACAGUGCAGUUCGUAAGUGUGACUGGGUAUUAACCCAGCCAAAAAAGUCGAACAUGCACAAUCUUUUGUUUUUGUACUCACACACUGUGACUGAAUAUAACACUUCCAUGAUUGAGUUCAAGAUGAUUGGAACGCUAUCAGACCUUGUAUGAAACUUGUUAAGAAAACAUAUGAUAAAUAUAUGGUAUUUAUUUAUCCAGUCACCUCCAAUUACCAUGUUGACACUAAAAAAAGGUAUAAGAAUUCCUCCUGGAGUUCUGCAAGGUGCUAAGGUUCUUGUGAAAGCAACAAGUAGAGAUGAUCUUCCAAACAAACCACAGUUAACCACUUGUCAGUUAUAAGCUGUAAUUUCACUACUCAUAAACAUGCGGAUUGUGGCAUAGAUUGUUCCUCGCAAAUGAACGUUUGUCUUCAAUUCAUAUCGACUCUUUCCCUGCUUUCUCAGUAGUGUCAUUCUUGUAACAAGUUUAGUUAUCAUUUUCUUUCAAUUCUCAGGCCUUCCGUGUUUGUUGUCAAGAUCUGUUCUUUGCACGGUCUCGCAAUUCCCCGACCGCGCAGGGCCUGGCGGGAACUGUGUCUAGCCCCAAUCCCCUGGAAACGGCAUUUAAGCCUGCGAGAUCAAUGACCGAGAGAGUGAAUGUGGUGGGAGAACUGGUGGACAUUAAAGUGUCGAGCCUAGUCGAUGCAGACUUCUCUGUGCAGGUAGGCUGUGAAAAGACGAUUACUGUUUCUUUAAGGUUAUUGCCAGCUUAGUCUGACAAGUCUUUUUAUUAAUGUUCUAUUUCGUCAAUAACGACUUGCUUUGAAUUUUCCCUCAGGGUAUAACAGAACGUCUGGCGCGUAAAAACGCUUUCUUGACCCGCGCCAAACUGAAGGAGUACCUCUCAUCUGGGCAUGCGCCAUCGUCAAAGAAAGAAGAAUUCGCCAUGACGAGGCUGAAAGAACUUAGAGGAGAGAAGACUGGAGACGAGCAAAGGUGAGUUUAUACAGUAUUUCGGGGCUUUGUGUACUUUGAGGAGAAUGCAAAAAAUGUAGGUUUUUCGUUUCCAUGUAUCGUUUUACAAAAACCGUCAACAAAAACAAAACAAAAAAUUAAAGAGUGGCGUCUAAUGCUUCAAUUCGUGAGGAAUGUCGUGUUAAAGACUCAGUGAAAAACGAAAACCAGUAAAGCAUGUUGUGACAAUCAUGAUUACUGUUUUAACAACCUCUUCCUUUUUUUUACUUCAAGACCAAAGUCCCGACCUCUUGGUGUCAAAACCGGACUAAAAUCUCCAAAAGAACUUCUUCAACGGCAAGUAAACAAUCUUGAAGGAAAAGUAGACAAUCUGAAUGCUGAACUGGCUCAGGUUAUGAAAACGGAAUCGGAACUAAACAACACUGUCAAUCAAAUGGAGGGGGAUAACAACGUACCUGAGGACAGAUUGGCAGCUGUCAUUCAACAGCUGACAAAUGCUGAACUACAUAAGAACAACCUUUUGAAGAAAGUCGAUUACCUGGAGGACGAGAUCAGGAAGAAAACUAAGGAACUAAACGCUUUGAACAGUCAGCGCUUGUAGUUUUUUUAGCAGUCUUUUAUGUUGAUCAAGAAACUGUUAGUGAUCUUGAAACAAAAGUCGAUGUAAGUCAGCUUAAUAGAAAUUGCAUCAAACAGUAUUUAUUGCAAUGAAACACGUCAGUGUUCUAUAUUUAUAGUUAACCUUUUGACUCCCAUGGGUGGCCAAGACGGAAUUUUUCCUCACAACAUCAAUACAAUAUCAAUCAGAUAAGUGAUGAGAAUAACGAAAAACAUCAAUUUGGGGUUAAUUAGUUGAUCCCAUACUAAAUUCUCUGAACUAACAUUAUAAGAAUUGUAUGGUUGACAGUAAGGAGAAUUACAAAUUUGAUUUGGGAGGUAAAGGGUUAAGCACCUCACUGUAGAGAAAAACAAUUGUUUACUGCGGUAUUUUUAUAAUUGAAGUGAUAAUCAGAGUCGCGUGUAAAAGGACUACGGGC